UGACAGUCCAUUUCAGUCUUGCCUGGCAACAAGGUGAGUGUACAAACAAUGCUGCUCUUUUCUCUUUUCACUUCAGCAUAUAAAAUGUGUUCAUAAAAUUUUAUUCCCACAGAUGGCACAGAUGUGGACUUUGGGUCUGCUCUCCUUCUUAGUCGGAGCGUCAAAUGGUAGGUUUAAUUUUUUAUUCAAAUAUAAGUGAUUUGCUUUUGCUCUUUAAUUUGAAGCUGUACAUCAUUUCAUUUGAAAGAGACCACUUUUGGUACAACUCCAAAAUUAUGGAUAGGAAUAAAAUAAACUGGUUUGCAAAUCAUGUUGAUACCAAGACCAAAAAAAAAACAACAGAGUCAUGUUUCCCACCAUGUGUCUUCAGCUCUCCUUUCACCAACCCUCUGUAAACCUUAGUGAAACCCAGGGGACCAGUUUCUGGAGUCACAGUCUGGCCUGAUAGAGGAUUUCAGCUGCUCAACAUUUUAGGGUCUACUUUUUCCUGUUUUUGGUGUCUUAUUGCUCCAAAUGUUUUCAAUGGAGGACAAGUCAGGACUGCAGGUAGACCAGUUUCUCAGCAGGACUCUUUUCCUACAGAGCCAUGCUGUUGUAAUCCCUGUAGUCAGAAUGUGGUUUGUCAUUGUCUUGCUGAAAAAUGAAGAUCUUCCCUGAAAAAGUCUUUGUCUGGAUGGAAGCAGAUGUUACUCCUAAACCUGUAGAUAUUGUUCAGCAUUAAUAGAGCCUUCACAGAUGUGGAAGAUACCCAUGACAUGGACUCUGAUGAUCCCCAUACCAUCAGGGAUGCUGGCUUCAGACUGGGAGCUGAGAACAAGCUGGGUGUCAAAUUUUAAUUAAUCGGACCCCAGAACAGUUUUUCUCCUUCCCUCAGUCCAUGUUAAAUGGACUCAGGUCCAGAGAAGUCUCCGGUGUUCCUGGAUCUUGUUUCUAUCUGGUCUCCUCUUUGCAUGGUUCAGUUUUAACCUCAUUUGUGGAUGCAAUGAUUUCCACUCCAAAGUCCUGUCUGUCUUUAAUUUAGUGCUUCCUGAGUGCCUGAAGAUCAGGACCAUCCAGUCUUUGUUUUGGUCCUUGUCCCUUUAGUACAGAGAUUUCUCCAGAUUCUCCGGACAGAUUCUAUUAUGUUCUGUACAUGAUUCAAUCCACUCAUUCUUUUACACUCAGAAACAUUAUUCCGAAACUGUUGAACUAUUAGCUCACACAGUCUCUCACAGGGUGGUGAACCUCUUCCAUCUUUCCUUCUGACAGACUCAGUCUCUGGAUGUCCUUUUUAUACCCAGUCAUGUUAUUAACCUGUUGGAAAUUCACCUCAUUAGUUAAAAACAUUCCUUCAGCUGUUUUUUUUUUUUUUUUUUUUUUUUAAUAUUACACAACUUUUGACCUGUUUGGUUGUUCCUCUAACAUAUUUUGCCCUGUUUGGUUGUUACCCUACAACAACUUUUGACCUGUUUGGUUGUUACUCUACAACAACUUUUGACCUGUUUGGUUGCAUUUGAACAAAAACGAAAAUAUAUCAUAUUAGAAUUAUUCAAUUUUAUAUUUUACUGACUAAUCCACUUGAUGUUUUAGUUUUUACCGAUACUUCUAAUAGUAAUGCAUCAGAUUUCAUACAGCUUUUCAUCAGAGACCUUCAAAGCACUUUAUAUUGGAUACAUUAUUUAUUCGCUCACACACACAGUUAGUGCUGGGCGAUAGGACGAUAAAUAUCGUGGGCACGAUAGAAAAUGUCUAUCGUGCCAUUUUUAUUUUUAUCGUUUCGGGCGAUAGGCUGUAUUUUAUCCAUAGGGCUUGUGCCAUCAGAUGAUUCAUAGUAACAACAACAAUAAUUGCACAUUCAGUAACUGUAUUUGGUGUCGAACGGGAAAGAAAACAAUAUUUUCUUACAAAGAAAAGGAUGCGUUGACAUGUAGGCUCGCGUUUCUCUUUCGAUUUUGCGACAUGACGCCGCUUUACGUGCCCUCUUCGUGUCCAGCGUCUCCUGCCGUUGCGGGUUACCUGAGUUACACACGUGAGGGGAUCAUUGUAAGCAGUGCUUAAUUUGUGCCGGAGCAAGUCGGAGCGCGAUCCGGGACCUCUUUUGAUCGGAUCCGGGACCUCUUUUGAUCGGAUCCGGGACCUAUUUCAGCCGUUCCGGCACCUGUUUCAUCUGCUCCGGGACCUUCCCUGUAGAGGAUGACAUUUUUCGGGAAUUCCCGUGGGUCACGUGAUUCCCGCGGGAAUCCCACGGGAUGGGAAUCAUUUUUUAAUUAAUCCCUUGAUCGGGACGGGAUAGGAAAAAAAACAACGGGAGUGGGCAGGAGCGGGAACAACAUUAAAAGAUGAUCAUUUUCAGCCGUGUUUAACAACCAGAUGAACAGGUGCGUCCAUUUUUGUAGUCAUCUCUCAGUGAGAGCCAACACUCUUGACCGCGCUAGCAACACAAAAGAACUACAACAGUGGUUUGACUUCCUGUCAGCUGGGAGCGCGGCUGCGCAUUUGUACCCUUCAAGCCAGCUGCGAGGAAACGUAAUUUUGUGACAUUCUGUAGUUUUUCAAUCAUUUCUGGAGUCGUGGCGAAUCAAAUCACCUUACCUGUCUGCCCCUGAUAGGCGAAUAAAGCGCUCGGAUUCAUGCUCGGGUCUUGCUACGUGCUUCAAGAUUAAAGUAAACAAUGAUGGAGGCAGAGAGCAGCUUUGGAGGAGAAACAUCUAGCAGUGUGAACAACCUCUUCAAAAGAGCCCUAAAGACCUACCUUUUUAAUAAAGCCUUAGGUUAGCUUUCCUUUAUGCUUUUACUACCUUGCCUCUUACAUUGCAACUCUAUAUUCUUUAUUUUUUUUUAUUCUUUUAUGCUUUUUUUAUGCCAAUCUGUAACUGUCAUUCUAUUGCUUUUUUUAUUGUUGCUGCUCUUUUUUUACUGUGUACUGUAGCACUUUGAGAUUUUUUGUAAAUGUAAAGUGCAUUACAAAUUAAAUUUAUUAUUAUUAUUAUUAUUAUUAUUAUUAUUAUUAUGGAGUGCUUUGGCUCACACUAUUGGCGUUUUCUGUGAGUGUUGCAUAACUUUGGGUGAGCACAGACAUGAACGCACUUCAGCCACGUAUUUAUUUAUUCAUUUUUCUAGUUUUAAGUGCUGGUCUUGUACUGGUACUGUACUAGUGCAGCUGUAUACACUUAAAUUUUUCAUAGAACUGAAAGCAUACCAUAGCUAUAUCGUGAUAUAUAUCGUUAUCGUGAUAUAAAAUGAUCCAUAUCGUGAUAUACAUUUUUUUCCAUAUCGCCCAGCACUACACACAGUCACACCCUGGUGGUGGUAAACUACCCAGGUAGUCACAGCUGUUCUGGGGCAGACUGACGGAAAUGUGGCUGCCAAUACCCACUCAUGGCCUCUCUGACCACCACUAAACAUCACUCACAAUAAUACACCAGUGGAGGACACACACUGAGAGCAUCAUUUGAUACAAUCCAUUAGAUUUUUGAUUCUAUCAACCUUUGACAUGUGUCCUAACCCCAUUUUAACGUUUAACAUUUGCAGAACAUCCUAAUGCCAUUAAUCCUUACAAAAGACAUGUUGAUACAUGAACUGAUUAAAUAAGGACUGUCUCCUCUCAAGCUGUCCAAUCAAACCCCCUGCAAAUCUGUGUAAAGAAUGCUAAAUAUCGUCACCCUAUUACAAUAAUGGCCAAAGCCAUUUUUUUGAUGAAAAUUAGUUUUUGCCUUGAAUCAUCUCUUGAUAAUGCUGGCCAUCUCUGGUAAAAUCACCUAAAUCCUUACUUGAAAGGAUCAUGCCAUGAUUCUAAAACCACCUAAAUCCUUAGUUGAAAGUAUCAUGCCAUGAAAUGCCAUUAAAGGGAUCAUGCCAUGAUCCUUUCAACUAAAGAUUUAGGUGAUUUUACCAGAGAUGGCCAGCAUUGUCAAGAGAUGAUUUAGGCCAAAAGCUCAUUUUCGUCAAAAAUGACUUAGGCCCUUUUUAAAUUGGGGGGUGAUAUGAAAUAUGAACUUGCUUUAUGAUAUCAUAACUGCUCAAUUAUCAUCAUGUUGGUCACGAAAAUAGACACUGUGGGAGUUAAUCUUGGUGUUUCUUUCAUACAGCGGCUCAGGUCUGCUAUGAUGAGGUGGGCUGCUUUGAUGACCUUCCUCCAUGGGGGGGUACCACUGAGAGACCAGUCUCCAUACUGCCACAGGACCCCCAGCAAAUUGGCACCCGCUUCCUCCUGUUCACCCAGAGGAACCGUUAUUACCAGGUAAGAAGAGGGUUUGCUUGUCUCUGUCAUCAGAGAUGUUUUCAUCAACACUGAUAAGAUCUGAUCAUUGACUCAUUUUGGAGUUCAAAUCAAACACGUCCUAACUAUAACUAGAGUUACUUUCACUCAACACUUUGACAUAUUAUAAAGUGUGGGUAUUACAAAGUGUUUAUCACUGUGUCGAUGGAGCUGUUUGAAUGUUGUAAUACUGCUGAUGUUUUGACCACAGGGAGGUCAUAGAAAUAGAUUGAACUGGUGUCCCGUAAUUUCAGACCAAACUUGUGGUCUAACAUCUGUUUAUGUCUCUAAAUAAAAGAUCUAAUUCUGGUGAUUCUUCACUUUUAAGUCAUCUAUGGUUUUGAUUUGAACCUCAAAUCUUUUAAAAGGUGGCCAUGUAGAUUCUCAUUCAUCCAGGUCAUGGUUUUCCUGAAAUCUCCAAAAUCAGGCAACUGGACUGUGUAGAGUUGAGAAGACGUUUCGCCUCUUAUCCAAGAAGCUUCUUCAGUUCUAAAUAUUGCUAGUGUGAGGAGCAGAUAUUUAUCUUACUGGAGAAGGGGACAGACAACGACUGGGAGGAGUUGGAAAGAAUGGGUCGUAGAAACCCAUCUCCGGGUGUUCCCCUACAAGGGUCAUUAACCUGAAAGGGUCGUUAACGAAUAAUAAUAAAAAUAAUAAUAAUAAUAAUAAUAAUAAUAACUUAGUUUCAUAUAGCGCCUUUCAAGUAACCCAAGGUUGCUUGGGUGUUGCCACCACUUUGCAUGUGUGAGGACCCUGGCAGCCGAGUUUUGGACACGCUGAAGUCUGUCCAGUGCUUUGGUGGGAAGACCAAAAAGGACACCGUUGCAGUAGUUUAGACGGGAGGAGAUGAAAGCAUGGAUCAGAGUCUCUGCAACAAAGUCUGACAGUGAGGGCCAGAGCCUGCAGAUGUUUUUGAGGUGGAAGAAGACGGAUUUGAUGGUGUUACUGAUGUGGGCUUGGAGUGAGAGGUUACAGUCCAGGAUAACACCCAAGUUGCACACUUCUCGGGAAGGCCUGAUGGUACAGCCAUUGACAUUCAGAAGAAUAUCACCAACUUCCUUGGACAGAGAUGGAGGGGCCACCACCAUGAGCUCUAUUUUAUUGUUGUUCAGUUUGAGUAGGUUGGUGGCCAUCCAUGUCUUUAUUUCGUGUAGGCAGUGAACUAGUGAUAGGGGAGGGAGAUGGGCAGAAGGUUUGGUGCUAGUGUAGAGCUGGGUGUCGUCAGCAUAGCAAUGGAAACUAAGUCCAUGUUGUCGGAUGAUCUGGCCAAGAGGGAGCAUAUAGAUGUUGAACAGCAGGGGGCCAAGCACUGAGCCUUGGGGCACGCCGUGGUUGACUGGAGCUGGGGUUGAGUUAGAGCCCUUGAUAGUGAUGUAUUGUGUCCUACUGGAGAGGUAGGAGUGAAACCAGGAGAGAGUGGAGUCAGAGAGGCCUAAGUGUUCAUGGAGACGGUGAAGCAGGAUGGUAUGGGAGACUGUGUCAAAAGCUGCAGAUAGGUCCAGGAGGAUGAGGAGACUGAUGAGGCCAUUGUCUGCAGCUAUGAGGAGGUCGUUCAGGUCGUUCGUUCCACGAAGGUGGAUAUGUGUGACCUAAAGGUUUAGGAGAUCUUGUGAAAGACUGUAAAAUUUGAUAUUUCUCAAUGUAGAUGAAGUUGACUAAAGUCUUAACUUUAAACCCUGAUGAACUUGUCAUGACCUUUACUGUGGGCCAGAUCAGCUGUGAUUGAUUAACUUGACAAACUUAAACUACAUUUUAGGGAACUCUGUGUUCAACUCAUGCGGCUGCUACAGCCCAUCAGCCCCAGGGUCAAUCUCAGAUCAGCACGGUGAUCCCCAUUCUGAUUGUCAAUGAGCACAAUGACAGUAGAUACAACUGAGCACCCUUUAACAGCCAUGUUAAAGGGUGAGGGUGAAUUACUUUAAACUCCUAAUACAAACUGUAAAUGAUAGAACUUUAUCAGUCAUUCCAUGAAUAUGUGAGUGUUCUGUUUUAGAAGAAGAGGAAACCAUGCUCUCACUUUCCUUUUUCCUGAACUUCUUAGGAGAUCAAGGCUGACAAAACCAUUGAUGCUUCAAACUACAGCGGGUCCAGAAAGACUCGAUUCAUCAUCCCCGGGUAUUUAGAGAAAGGAGAGGAAGACUGGCCUCAGGAGAUGUGUAAGGUAUGAAAGUUGUCACAAAAGUACAUAAGUGUGAGGGAGGCUGGGCCCACAGGUCUGGCACCUGUUUAGAAGCUCUCAGUUUUCUCAGUUUUCUUUCUCUGUUCCCUGCAGGGGGCAGGGAAAUGAUACAGUGUCCAGAUAAUCUGACCUCAUAGAUCUCGGGCUUCAAUAUCAACUCGAACAUCUGUUUUGAGAGUGUGGGAUAUGUAACACUCUGGGUUUAGAGAGUAAAAUGUGUUUGUUUUAUGUUGGGCUGGACUCAUUCUGAUAAAUCUGUUUUCUGUGUCCAGGUGAUGGUGUCGUGGGAGAACGUGAACUGUGUUGCUGUGGCAUGGACGAAAGGUGUGAAGACUCAGUACGCACAGGCUGCGAACAAUGCCAGGGUGGUGGCUGUGCAGGUGGCAAACAUGAUCUCUUUCCUCAUGGUGAGACCUGCAGGCUCUACUUAACUCAUGAGAGGAGAGCACACGCCCCUGUUACUGAGUAUAUUUCCCCUUUUUGUGAGACUUUGUGAUUUUCCCACUCCCAAACAGCUGAGUAACCACAGAGGCCAAAAACAAAUCCAGAGUAGCAAGAGGUCAAAGGUGUACAGAUGUAUCCAGCUGCAGCCAGAGAUAAAGGGCUCUAUUUUCGUGCGCGCCGGUGAGGCGGCGGAGGGCGGCGAGCCCCGCGCAGUUGUAUUUUCGGCUGGCGGAGCCCGGCGUAAGGCCAGUUUGGUAUUUUCGUGGACUGAGCCGCACCGAGGCGAGCCGAGAUCCACCAAGCUGGGCGUGGUGGCGUGGCAGGGGGAGGUGUCGACAGAAUCAGCAGGCGCAGUGACAUUUUCGUGCUCGCCACCGGCGUGUAAAGUGCACUGAAAGCUCGCCGAUUCAAACCUGGUCAGCUUUCAGCGCAUGGCGGAGCGCAGCUGGUCUUGUGGUAUUUUGGUAGACCUGCGGCUUAUCGACAUACGUCACUGAUGCCUCACCGGCAGGUUUCCACAGUGUCAGGCACAUUUCAGUGCAAUAAAUAAUCAUCAUCAACUAAUAAUCUGAGUCAGCACAUACAUUUAGAUCUAUAUAGAUAUAUUCUGAUCUAUAUGUGAUCUGAUGAGCGCGUUUGGCACGCGUUUGCACACACAACCUGACCGAAUCAACACAGCUGAAACCACAUCAAAUUAAAUUAAAUAUCUAGUAAAUAAACACACAUGAUGAAGUUAACAAGAAAUGUAAUUCGUCUCCCUCCUUUUCUUUCUUCCUCUUCCUCUUAUUUCUCGCAGAGCUCGACCUGGACACGUCUCCGUGUCCUCUGUCCGUCUUGCUGCUGCUGCGGCUGAACAGAUGACUUGUUUCAGUGCUCAGAUGCGUUAUCUACUUUAAGCCGACAUACGGAUAUUAUAAUAUUCAGUUUUGUGGGCCAAAUUUAUUUUAUAUGCCAACAUCUAUGAAAGAAAGAGCCAGGCCACGGAGCGGGAUGCGUCAUUUACGCACAGAUGGUUCCGAUUUUAAUGCCAUUUUUGGAGUUUAUGUUGUGAUCUGUGCGCUCAACCCACCUUUGUCACGUGAGGUUUGAAUAUGUGCAACUUUAUGUGAGUGUCUUUAUUUGUGGAAAAAGGUGUUUGUCUUACCACUGGGUCCAACAUUACACACACCAAAUCCAUCUGUGCUCAUAUGAGAGAGUGUGGAGGACACUUGUUGAGGAGCUGCCCUCUGUCGCCAUCUUGUGGCAUUACUGUCUUAAGACAUCUCUUGAUCUCUUUGACUACUUCAUGAAAAUAGUAAUACGCCUCGCCUGUGGCGGAUUUAAAGGCAAGGAGAGGAGCUUAUGUGAUUGGUGAAAACAGGUCUCGGCUGUGUUAAACCCACUCCACACCCUCUCUCCUCCCCGUCUACGACUUAUGCUGCUGGGAGGAGCUGAGUUAGGGAGGCGGGAUACUUACGCCCGGCUGCGCGGCUCACCAAAAUACCAAAAUGUGCUUGGGAAUGCCUUGUCAGCGCGGCGGAUCUGACUGACGCUGCGCUUGCGGCACGUCUCCGGCGAGGCACGAAAAUAGAGCCCAAUGUGUACAGACACCUGGCUAGGUUGAAGGGCUUGCUUUGACAUAUGUGUUUUUUAUGUCACAGGGCAAAUACAGACAGAAAGCUGAGAAGUUUCACAUCAUUGGUCAUGGUGUUGGAGCUCACGCUGCAGGAGACGCCGGCAGCAGAAUCAGUGGCCUGGCACGGAUCACAGGUACACUGGACAAACACUCUCACAGUCUGUUAGUCCUGAUUCUACAAGAUAGUCUGUAUUUAAAAAGAUAAGGCAGUGCUCACUGAGAGUUAAUUAUACAUUUUUAGGACUUUUACAGGAGCUUCUUUACGUACAAACAAACUUCCUGUAACCUGAAAGGUAGCAGGAGGUAAUACACACACUAUGUUGGAGCAGGCUGAUGAAUAAAUAGCCACAGCCGAAAGAAGUCCUGAAGACUGUUCAAUGCUACAGGAAGUUGGUGAUUUCAUUUUAAGUGUUAUUUUUAAACUGCUGAUUUGCUGUGAGGGUUAAUCUUAAAUUUAUCUCUCACCAACUGAAUGUACAGGAUAUUAAGCAUGCAUCCAGGAGAAAAAGUGCUCCUUAAUGGGCUUCACAUGACCUCACACAGCGUUCACAGCGCUAUCUUUAGGACCCACCUCUGCCCAACUUUUAAGAGAUGUUGGAGUAUAUUCAGAUUAUAUAUUAGAGUAACUUAUAAAAGUAUAUUUGGGUUAUACAUUAUAGUAUAUUAGGGUUACAGAGGGACAUUCCCACAUCAUGUGUUUAUAAAAUCCUAUUGUGUUGAGUUGGCACAUGUAACAGUUUUGACUUGAUAGGUGACAGGUGUAUAAUAGAGUCUGUGACACACUAAAGUGAAUGAGCUGGUGAUUUGGAUUUUUGGAGGCAAGAAAGAUUUUCUCCCACACAUUGUUCCAAGAGAUGUCGUCAUCCCUCUGACUGAAGUCUCUCAGCCAUGCUCUGAUCACCGGUAGAGUCUCUUGUUGUCUGGAUAGUUUGGAGUAGACCUUCGAUACAAAGCCCCUACAGGGAAGGGAGUUUAUCCAAUUUAUCAGAGGAUGCAUGGGAAGCUUAGCCCUCAGUGGCACACAAUGUGCUUUAAGUACUGCUUUUAUUUGCAAAUAAUAAUAAAAAAGAAGAGUCCUGUGGAUCAAAACGUUUCUUCAAAUCCUGGUAGCUAAGCGUGCCAUUGCAAUCAUACAGGUCCCCAAUAACAUUAAUACCUUUCAAAGACCACGGUUUAAAGUCCGGUGGCUUAUUUCCAAUCUGUACAUUCAUGUUGUGCCACAGAAGGGUAUCAUCGAGUCUCUCAACGAUCCUGAAAUUUCUAAUUGCGUUGGUAAUAAUGGCGCCAUAGUGCAACAUACAGUAUAUAUCUUUUAUGCCAGAAAAAAAAUAUCCUCUAAUCUCCUCGGAUGAACUAGGUUGUUCUCUAAAGAUUUCCAUGAGACACAUAAGCGACCGUCAAGCCAAACCAUGACAGGACGUAGCUGGAAGGAUUGGUGGUAAACUUUGAAAUUUGGGAGGGUGAGCCCGCCCUGAUCUUUGGGUCUCUGUAGCACAUAAAGCUUCACUUUUGGAUGGCCAUUAUUCCAAAUAUAUCCACAUAACAAUUUAGCUGUCAGACGACGUGUAUAAAUCCGUGUUCUAAAGGUUUUAUUUAUUUCUGCUGGAUUAGAAACCAGGCCUUUAGUAGGGUGGUGUAUUGAAUCGAUGGACGCUUUUGAUUCACACUGUUUUAAUGUUAGGGCCAGAAGCCUGCUGGGCUUACUUCCGUUGCAAUAGUAAUUUUGCCUAGUUCUAUUUGUAAUGAAUUCUGCUCGUUUGCAUAAUAAAUUAUUCAGCUCUUGUCUAACGACCUGCAACUCGUCACUUACUGUGUCAGAAAAGAUCUGCUUAAGAGCCCUCUCCAGGCAUAAGCAUUUCUCCUCUAACUCCUUAAUCUUAAGAUUCCUAACCUUUUUCACAUGCGAUGCGUACGGCGUUGUAAAACACGGAUAAAACCCUUUGUCACCAUCCACAUUAACCUAGCGUUAUCAACAGAGCCUAUAUUGUCCUGAAGAAAUGUGGACAGUUUGGUUCUAAAUUCAGAGACAAAUGCAGUGUCAUUUAAAAGAGAGGUGUUGAAACGCCAUCUCUGAGAUUUUUUGGAAUUGAAACUUUGAUCAGUACUGAGAACUAAUGGGUUGUGAUCAGCCAGUGUGGCUGGGAGAAAUUUAACAGGUGUAACACAAUCCUUUAAACCACAUGACAGGAGAAAUAAUCAGUCCUUGAGUAUGACUUAUGAUAUGUAGAGAAACAAGUGUAAUCUCUCCUACCGGGGUUUUGAAAUCACCAAACAUCAAAAAGGUUCAAGUCAUUUAUUAUUGUAUUCAAAGCCGUAGAGGCUGAUUGCUGACUAUGUGUAAAUGAGCUUGUAGAUCUGUUUAAAUCAGACCUGGGCAUUUCAUGGCCCAAGGGCCACAUCCAGUCCUUUGGAUGUCCCUGCCUGGCCCUUUUUGAGGUCUGUCAAUCAUCAAGUGUGUUCCUUUUAUUUUGAAAACCUGGCUGUUGUUUUAUUUACAUUUGGACACGUGCUUACAUCCUAGGCCUGCAUUCAUGAACAGAGACAAGUUUAAACAUCUGCAAAAUAUAUGUGAUGCCUCAUAGUUGCCAAGUCCGCUUUUUAUAAACGACUUUGGGCUAGUUUUUCUCAGAAGUCGCUUGUAAAACUUGUGAGUUGCGGAUGCGCUUUUUUGGGCUUGUUUUUAACUAUUAGUUGCUUAUUUGGGCUUUCUUUUCUGUCUGUGUGAAUCCUCCUUGAUUAUCUCACAGCUUUCCACAAAAGCAAAGCAAAACGCGAGUGCAGUAGGUAGUUUGUCUUUUCCAGACCACCGUUUCCUGAAUCGUGCCGGCUCGAGUACUCGGCACACCCCCCUAACACACUCACAUGGCGCAUCAUCCUCAUGUACGCCAGAGCCCAAAAUGACAGAGAAAUAAGCGAGAAGAGAGAGUAAGAAUGAGUGGCAGUAAGUGGCAAAAUAUAUAAAAAAGAAAAAACAAAUUUCAACCUAAACCCUUUUCUGUUAAUCAAAGUUUAAAAAGUUAUUCAAAGUUUUUAUGUUAACUGUGUGUAUCAUAAUUUUGCCUUUGUGAAUGCAUAAUGUUUUAAGAAAUAUACAGGGUUUCCCUUACAUGUAAUUAAUCGUGGUGCUACCUGGGACUCAGUAUGUUUCAGCAUAUGCAGUGCACAUGGGCGAUGCACUGUGGGAUUUGCCCCCCCAUUAAGGUGGGUAGGAAUGCCCAACCAUAUUAAUCAUAACUCACUGAAUUUCUGCCUGAUUUUCACAUGAUUUGGUUUGUUACAAACAGCAGAGGUGUAGCUAAAAUACAGGAUACUGUCACAUGAAAAAUAACUAAAAGUAUUUUUCAAUCUUACUUGUGAAAUGUAAUCCUACAUGGUCGCGUUUUAAUAAUGAGUCGUUUUUUGUAGAGUGCACAUAUAUGGUCUUGUGCGAGCCUGAAGGGAGGCCCAUCCAAUAUGGCAGCAACGCUGGAUUACACUCCAGAAAGUAAUGAGAUGUUUAAGUAGGUAAUGUCUGUGGGUUUAAAUUACUGCUUUUUACAAUGGGAGAUAAUGAAAAUUAAGCAGAAACAGGUUGAAGUAAUUGUUAAUUCGGCCCUCCAACACAGUUCAGGUUUCUUCCUCCAAGAACUAUUUCAUACUCUGUGAGUUUCAGUAAUUACUCUGUGAGGUCAGGAUAGAAAUUAUCUCUAAAGAGUGCUGGUCUAUAUACUGAUAUAAAUGCAACUGUAAAUUGAUGUACACACAUAUGCUACUCACCGUAAUUUAUUGUUACUAGUCCCUUCAAUUUUCACAGGUAAAUUCCUCUUGAACAUAAUCAUUACUCCUUCCGAGCUAGACCUACUGCUGAAGGAGGAUACCACCAUAUAUUGUUUAUUCCAUCCCCUUGUUUUAAGUGGGGUUCCUGAAUUAGCACUAUGUCUGCAUUUGCUUGACGCAUCAAUUCUUGACAUUUAACCCUCUUGAUAUUGACGUUCAAGCCCUGAAUGGUAAAACUGACUCAGAAUAGUCAGUUUAACCAUAAUCAAAAAUCACUGUGGUUAUAUUCCAGUGAUUCAACUGACUGUAAACCAAGUAUCCAAGCAUAUGGUCCAGUGAGAGACCCACACCCACCCCAUUGCUGCCAUGCCCAUACCCCAAAACCUAUGUUUCUGUGUAACUUGACCACUGCAUAACACAGCUCAUUGAGACUCCAAAACUCAGUUGUAUCCCACUUAUAAACAUAACUGACCUGGCAGGAAUAUAAGCAGUUGAAACAUAAUUGUGAGGCCCACUAUUAACAGACCCAGGCUACAUGAAAAAUAACUGACAUUGUCCCUCUAAUAGGCUUCGUUCCACUUCAGUGGGGCAACAUAAACUGUGAUUCAUAAAAUAGCUCUAUUGAUAGUAAGUACUAAAAAAAAAUAUCUACUCAUGCCAUCCUGUCGAUUUUCAGUAAUCAGUGUUUCGGUGUCGAACUAUUUCCUUUCUGCGGCGUAGUGAUACUUAUACACGCGCAAUCGAAUAUGCAGAGGGGUGAAGCGAGUUUUGUCACGUAGACCAAUAGGAGCCGAGUCUCGUUGCCAUAGUAUCAGAAAUACACAAACAUGGCGACGAGCUCAUCUAGCAGCGAGACAAGCGAAGAGGAAGAAAAUAAAAAUAAAAAAAGAAAUCAGCCUUCAAAAGUGCAUAAAAAAGGAAUGAAACAAUGCUAUAUGCAUCUAUCAUCUGUCCAGAGUGAAGACGUUCUCGACUUUACAAGAAUACGUUGGUAAAAUUACAGAACUAGUAUUAGAAAGUGACUUUCUCUACAGGGUGAGACAAAGGACCUUGCAGAAACAUAUAAACAUUGCGUUGAUAUCGACUUUGACAAUGUUCCUGAUGACGCUGGGUUUCACAUGACAUGCUACCAGCGUUUUAUUUGCAAAAGGCGUUUGAGAAACAAUAACGUGAUGCAGCCGUGAGUCAGUCAAACCCUUCAGCCAUCAUCGAUGCAUCCACGUCCACGGCAUCUGAAACUCCACAAAAGAAACUUCGCUCGAGGUCAUAGGCUGUAUUGGGACAAAGGAAAAAGUGCCUAGAAAGUGAAUUUUCGUUCAACUACGCUAGUGCUGCAUUUUUGCAUAGAGAAUACCAUUCUGGACUUUGGGUUAAAAUAUCUACUCAGACUAUCUGUCUGACUUUUGUCACCAGCCAGAAAUGUACAUACUGUAUAUGUGAGUAACCCAAAAACAAUUAUAUGGUGCUGCUGUUUUUGCUUGUAAAAACUGCUACGUUGAUUCUGGCAAGACAAAAUCUCUCUCAAAUGUCAUAAAUAUAUCUACCUAACAUCUGAAACAGUUAUUGGUGCCUUAGUAUAUGCAUAAGUGAAUUCAGAUUAUGAAAUGUAGCAAAUUUCUUGAAGAAAACGUCUCAACUCAAGUGAUUCGCACCCAGCACAAUGAAAUAUAUACAGUAAAUUUAGCUAUAAGCUGAAGUUUCAUACAUAAAAAUGACACAAUCUACUGUGUAAUAAAAGCAAUAAAAUAUAAACAGCACGUCAUGGCCAUAAACCGCUGAAAGUCAAUCAAAUUGCCACCAAGCCCCCCAAAAUUGGAAUAAUGGAAAAAAUGUAACAAGACAAAAAUAAAUGCACAAAAGUUAUGAAUUAAUUCAAAAUAUGGUAUAAAACAUUUAUUCAAGUAUCACAGUGUCAAAACAUCUGACAUUUAUCAGUCUCUCCAGAAUAUGAAAAUAAAGAUCAAAACACAAACGCAGACAAAUGUAGAUCAAAUAUAAAAAUAAUAAAAAUCUCAAAUCUCGAUGUAGCAAUCCUUUAAACAAAACAAAUUAUACAUGGUGACAUGGUGCGUAUAUUACGCAUCACUAUUACUUUGAUCAGAGUCAUCAUCCCAUACAGCUUUCUUCUGUUUCCUUUGAAGCAUUCUCACAUGCUUGGCACCGACAUAAAUCUGUACAAGAUAGUCUUGGAAUAUAACUUUUUGGCUUUUGAGAGUCUGCAUACAAAAAUCUCAUUAAAUCUCAAAUGCAAUCAAACUUCUGCAAAAAUGGCUAGAAAGAAGCAACUGAGUAAAGAAACAAAAGUACAGAUUUGUACAUUGAGGAAAGAAGGAUACGCAGAAAGAGAAAUUGCAAAACGCCUAAAGGUGUUUAACAAAGGAGUCCACUACACUCUGAAGAGACUGGAGGAACCUGGAAGUUAUGAUGAUAGAAAAAGAAAAGACGAAAGAGAGUUACUACAAAAGCAGAGGAUAAACGCAGCAUUGUCACCAGUAAGAGAGAUCGGCGAAAGACAGCACCACAAAUAAGGGAGGAAAUCAACAUGACAAGGUCGAAACCCAUAUCUCUGACAACUGUGAAAUGACGUUUGAGAAAGGCUGGUCUGAAGGGUUGUGUACCUGCAAAAAAACACUACUUCGUCCACAGAACUAGAAAAAGAGAUAUGAGUGGGCAAAAGCUCACAAAAAUUGGACUGAUGAUGACUCGAAGGUGUUUGCACUGUUUGGUUCAAAACGCAGAGUCUAUGUCCGCAGACAAACUGGUGAACGUCUGAAAGCACCGUGUGUUACACCCACAAUUCAGCAUGGAGGUGGUAGUUCCAUGGUAUGGGGAUAUUUUGCAGGUGAUGGAGUAGGAAAUUUGUUUGAAGUAACGUGUAUCAUGAAGAAGGAACAGUACCACUCCAUCCUCCAGCACCAUGCUGUUCAUCUGGACUCAGACUUGUGGCUCAUAAGUUUGUUUUGCAGCAAGACAAUGACCCUAAGCAUUUUGCCAAGCUCUGUCAGGGUUACCUAGACAAAAAAAAAGAGGAAGGUGUUCUUCAAAAGAUGGUUUGGCCCCCUCAGUCCCCAGACCUUUCUCAAUUGAGCUUGUGCGGGAUGAAUUGGAUCGAUCGGUCUGAAAAACGCGGCCCGCGAAUCAGAAGUCUCUUUUUAAUGAACUUAAGAAAGCUUGGAAUGCAAUCUGUGGAACAUACCUUAAAAAACUUGUGGAACGAAUGCCUGGUAUAUGCCAAGCUGUUGUUAAAGCCAGAGGAGGUUACUUUAAAGAAAGCAAAGUCCAAGCAACAAUAACUCCACAAGGGGGGGGGGACUGUAGAGGAUGAAAGGUAGUGCCGAAGAGGUGGGUUUUGAGAAGGGUCUUGAACCUGGUAAGGUCGGUGCAGUUUCUGAGGUCCAGUGGGAGUGAGUUCCAGAGGGUUGGGGCGGCGACUGAGAAGGCUCUGUCCCCCCAGGUAUAUGAAACUAUGAUCUUUUUUUGUACAAAUCUGAUCUUGCUUCCAAACUUUUGGCCUGUAGUGUAUAUAUGAGAAUUUGAAAGUUAAAUAUUAGAGUAUAUCAGAGGUAUGUAUUAGAGAAUAUUGGGUUGCAUAUUAGAGUAUUUUUAGGGUUAUAUAUUAGAGUAUUUUAGGGUUAUAUGGUGGAGUAUUUUAGGGUUAUAUAUAAGAGUAUAUUAGGGUUAUAUAUUGGAGCAUAUUAGGGUUACAUAUACCAGUUAAUUAGGGUCAUAUAUAAGUGUAUAAAAUAUAAGAGUAUAGGAUGGAUAUGUAUUAGAGAAUAUUUUGGUUACUAGGUUACUUUGGUUAUUAGAGUUUAUUAGGGUUAUAUAUUAAACUAUAUUAGAGUUAUAUAUUACAGUACAUUAUGGUUAUUUAUUAGGUUAUGUAAGUGUUUUAUAUUCCAGUAUAUAAGGGUUAUUCAUGGAUAGAUGGACGUACAGACAGACAGACAGAGAGAGAGACAGAGAGAGAUAGAUUAAAAGAGUGAUCUAAAACUGAUUACUCUCAUCUCUGUGUUUCUGCAGGACUGGACCCAACUGAACCAUACUUUGUGGACACUAACGCCUCAGUGCGUCUGGACACCACUGAUGCUCUUUUUGUGGACGUCAUUCAUACAGACAGCCUUCCCUUUUCUUCCAAACUUGGUGUGUAUCAGAGUUUACCACAAUGAAUAAGAUCACACUGGAAUAUAUUAGUAACUGUAUUCAAGCACUUCCCGAACUAGUCCAAGUUUAUUGGUAGCUGUGCUGCAGCCUUAAGUAAAGAAUCUCUGGAGUCCUUGUCUUCAUUUGUUUAAAUAUGAGAACUUUCUGGAAUGGUUUCUGGAAAAAAACUUGAUCUCUGUUUCCUCUUAGGUCUGGGGAUGCCACAGCCUGUGGGCCACGUCGACUUCUACCCAAAUGGAGGAGAGCUGAUGCCAGGCUGCUCCUCCAACAGAGGCAGUCCCACUGACCUGGAUGCCAUCUGGCAGGGUGAGAAAAACUGCAACACACAAACACUUUAAGAUUGAGCAGAAAUGUCAUCUUCACAAAUAUGAUUUUAAUUAGGUUACAUGUUUUUCUGUCAGAAGAUACAGACCUUUGUUCUUCUCACUUUUUGCUGUUUAUCAUGCCCAUGUAAAUACUUCAUCACUGGCAUUUUUUCUUGGAUGUUUUUUGAAAACAUCACAUCUCAGUCACACAGGAAAGUGGGGAGAAAAUUAAAACUGGUACAGUGGUGACUUCAUAUAAAAAUUGGGGCUGAUUAACAGUUUAGCUGGUUCAGGUACACCUUCUUUUAUUUUGUUGUCAUAAACCCUUACAUCUAGGUCAUGUACCAUUCCCGUUAGCUAAGACUGUAGGAGAAAAAUUAUACUUUUGCUAAAAAUAACUAACUCACCAACUUAGUAAGAAGACAUCUUCAGUUCCUGCUCUGCAGAACAGAAACCCCCAAAAAAUCAAAAUAGACUGCUUUGUAACAAAAGGAUUAUAUAAACAAUGAAUAAUUACAAACUAAGUCAGGGUGAUCAUUCAGCCCUCUUUUUAUGUCUGAGGCCUAAUAAUUACUGUCAGACUAAACAGGAGGCUUUCUACUUUGCCACUUCUGAAUUUGUACAAUUGACAACAGACAAGUACCAGUGACUGUGAUCAGUUAAUUCCAGCUUUAAUUCAUAUCCUUCAACAAGCCCAAUACUGGCUCAUACUGACCCCCAACUCUUAUGUUAUUUACCUAAAACAGCUUCACUGGCCAGUCUGUUAAUGCUGUCCGUCUGCAGGUGGAAACCCUCCACAGUCACUUUCACAUCUGUAAGAUAUUUACUGGUGUUUAAAGAAGGCUACUGUUUUAUGAUUACUAAAGCCAACAUCCUGUUUCAUGCUUUGUACAGUAAGUUUUCACUAGGGCUUUAUAAAAAAAAUGUCAAUGAGUUUACAGAUAUAGAUCAAUAGGGAUCAGGACACCACAUUACGGCCCAGGGUUCAUUAGUUAAAGGUCCUCAGUUUCCCUCCUUAAGUGUUACAGUGUCAUUAACAAUAUCAUCUAAAUGAAAUAUCAGAAAUAAUUCACAGUAUGGGAUAUGUGUAAAUUUGCCUUUUUUUUCUGAAGUGCAAGCACAAAAACUCGAAUAAGUCCAGGAAUGUCACCCAAAACUAAAUGUUAGUACACAGAGGCAAUGUGAGCAGCAGUCAAUCGCUGGAGAUCCUGCAGGACCAACACUGAGGAGAAACAGGAACUCAGAAAACUGAAUAGGCUGUAUUGGCUGAGCGAGAUCGUGUUGGUUUGUUCCACUUCAGUGGGGCAACAUAAACUGUGAUUCAUAAAAUAGCUCUAUUGAUAGUAAGUACUAAAAAAAAAUAUCUACUCAUGCCAUCCUGUCGAUUUUCAGUAAUCAGUGUUUCAGUGUUGAACUAUUUCCUUUCUGCGGUGUAGUGAUACUUGCACAUACACAAUGGAAUAUGCAGAGGGGUGAAGUGAUUUUUAUCACGUGGACCAAUAGGAGCCGAGUCUCGUUGCCAUAGUAUCAGAAAUACACAAACAUGGCGACGAGCGCAUCUAGCAGCGAGACAAGCGAAGAGGAAAAAAAGAAAAGGAAAAAAAGAAAUCAGCCUUCAAAAGUGCAUCAAAAAGGAACAAAACGAUGCUAUAUGCAUCUAUCAUCUGUCCAGAAUGAAGACGUUCUCGACUUUACAAGGACACAUUGGGAAACUUACAGAACUGGUAUUAGAAAGUGGCUUUCUCUACAGGUUGAGACAAAGGACCAGCCAGAAAUGUACAUAUAUGUGAGUAACACAAAAACGAUUAUAUGGUGCAGCUGUUUUUGCUUGUAGAAACUGCUAUGUUGAUUCUGGCAAGACAAAAUCUCUCUCAAAUGUCAUAAAUACCGCUACCUAACAUCUGAAACAGUUAUUGGUGCCUUAGUAUACGCAUAAGUGAAUUCAGAUUAUAAAAUGUAACAGAUUUCUUGAAGAAAAACGUCUCAACUCAAGUGAUUUGCACCCAGCACAAUGAAAUAUAUACAGUAAAUUUAGCUAUAAGCUGAAGUUUCAUACAUAAACGGCUGAAAGUCAAUCAAAUUGCUACCACGCCCCCCAAAAUUGGAAUAAUGGAAAAAAAGUAACAAGACAAAAAUAAAUGCACAAAAGUUAUGAAUUAAUUCAAAAUAUGGUAUAAAACAUUUAUUCAAGUAUCACAGUGUCAAAACAUCUGACAUUUAUCAAUCCCUCCAUAAUAUGAAAAUAAAGAUCAGAACACAAACGCAGACAAAUGUAGAACAAAUAUAAAAAUAAUAAAAAUCCCAAAUCUCGGUGUAGCAAUCCUUUAAACAAAACAAAUUGUACAUGGUGACAUGGUGCGUAUAUUACGCAUCACUAUCACUUUCAUCAGAGUCAUCAUCCCAUACAGCUCUUUCUUCUGUUUCCUUUGAAGCAUUCUCACAUGCUUGGCACCGACAUAAAUCUGUACAGAAUGGCAUGAGUAGAUAUUUUUUUUUAGUACUUACUAUCAAUAUAGCUAUUUUAUGAAUCACAGUUUAUGUUGCCCCACUGAAGUGGAACGAGAUUUACUUUCUAGGCACUUUUUCCUCUGUCCCAAUACAGCCUAGAAACGUUUUUAAGAAAUGUAUUUAUCAUGAUGGGAAAAUGUGCUUGGUAAACACUUAUGGCCUGAUCUACUACAAAAAUUGCACGUGCUAUUUGUGGGCGUGUUGCCGGUGAUUUACAAUGAUUGCAAAUGCAGUUGAUAACAGGUGCAAAAGUGGAGCAGACCGCUCUAUCUAAAUGAGGAUUUUGGGUUCAUUACUGAGUGGUCAUGGACUAAAAAUUAAGUUUGAGGCCAUGGAGUUGUCCAUCCUGCGUGACAUAGAAUUCCAUACUUCAAUCAAUCAAUCUCUUUAUUUAUAGUGCACUUUUCAUACAUGGACUGUAUCACAAAGUGCUGUACAUGAAAGAAUACAAGAAGGAGAGGAUCAGGGGAUACCGAACAAAAUACAAGAUAAAAUUCAAAUUGCAAAACCCCACCCACCGACCCACCCUCAAAGCCCCCAUUUAACAGACACCCCACCACCUAUCCACACACACACACACACACACACACACACACACACACACACACACACACACACACACACACACACACACACACACACACACACACACACACACGCAACCACUGGGACACCAAGUCAGGGCUCAGCAGGAAGCCCCAGUGGACCAAGGAAACGCUAUCUUAAACUAAAAUGGGGAAACACUGGAGCUGAAGCUAAACUGAACUAAAACCAUGACAAGACAAAGGAAACUCAUAAAAUGAUAUAAAAAAUGAUAUAAAAUGAAAUAAAAUAAAAGAGUAAUAAUAAUAAAACUAGGGCCCCGUUGGGGCACUGGCGGGCCCGAGCCGUGUUGCGCCGCCCCCAGCGCGACCGCCUACCCCUCCUGAUCGCGUCACACUCAAGGUCGAAAGAUGGUGUGUGCACUUGUCUGUGGUCAUUUACCAUUAUAAUGAAUGGGAGGCGCAGUUUCUACCAAAAUGCUCGCUGCAGACAAACUCCAUGUCCUUUUUGAAAAAAGUCUGGACCAUGAGUGAGGGCAUAAACACAACUAGUGUAUAUCCAAAUGGCAAGUUGCUCCUCCUUUCGGUUUUGCCGAGAGAGCGAUGCGUUUGAGCCAUUGAGCGAUGGGCAGGAAAAACUUGACUUUUUCUCCUGCCAUGGGGGGGCGCUCUUUUGGGGAGAAAAAAUUCCUUCACAAAUGUGUUGAUGGCUGGACAUUGCAUCAUCCUAGAAAACUUGGAGGCCAGUGAGGACAAAAAUAAAAAGUUAUAAGACUUUUUAAAAUGUGGAUAUUUGGGUCCUCUUUGGCGCCCCCUAGAACGUAAACCGUGGGGUGCAGCGUCAUGAUUUGUACAACUUUGAAUGGCCAUGGGGUGUAGAUUGACCUGAGCAAAUUUGAAGCCGAUGGGACAAAAGCUUUAGGAGGAGUUAGCCACAUUCCAAUGUGUGCGAAUCGGCAAAAAAUGCGAAAUAGCCCUUUAACCGUACAUUGAACAGAUACGCUCGCAAUGACUUUUUCGUAGAUCUUAUUGAGAUACAUGUGUGUGUCAAAUUUUGUGUCAUUUUGACAAAGCGUAAAGGCGUGACAGUCAACAAUGUGUAUUUUCGCCUUAGGAGACAAGAAAAAAUGGACUUUUUUCUCCUGCCAUGGGGGGGGCGCUCUUUUGGCGAGUAAAAAUUCCUUCACAAAUGUGUUGAUGGCUGGACAUUGCAUCUUCCUAGAGAACUUGGAGGCCAGUGAGGACAAAAAUAAAAAGUUAUAAGACUUUUAAGACUAUGGAUUUUUGGGUUAUCUUUGGCGCCCCCUAGAACGUAAACCGUGGGGUGCAGCGUCAUGAUUUGUACAACUUUUAAUGGCCAUGGGGUGUAGAUUGGCCUGAGCAAAUGUGGUGCCUUUGGAACGAAAGCCUUCGGAGGAGUUAGCGAAAUUCCAAUGUGUGCGGAUCGGCAAAAAAUGCGAAAUAGCCCUUUAACCGUACAUUUGACAGAUACGCCCGCGCUGACUUUUUUGUAGAUCUUAUUGAGAUACAUGUGUGUGUCAAUUUUUGUGUCAAUAUGACAAAGCGUAAAGGCGUGACAGUCAAUAGUGUGAAUUUUCACCUUAGGGGGCGCUAUGGAGCCAUUUUGCAUUUUAUUGUUUGGGCGACUUCAGAAUAUCGAAUUUUUCACCAGGCCCAUUCGUCCUGCCAAAUUUCAUGAGUUUUCGCCAGUGGGAAGUGGGCCAUUUUCCCCUUCAAAGGGGAGGAAAAAUAAGAAGAAAGAAAGAAAGAAAGAAAGAAAGAAAGACUAGGGCCCCGGUGGGGCACUGUCGGGCCCGAGCCGCGUCGCGCCGCCCCCAGCGCGACCGCCUCCCCCUCCCGAUCGCGUCACACUCAAGGUCCAAAGAUGGUGUGCGCACUUGUCUGUGGUCAUUUCCCAUUAUAAUGAAUGGGAGGCGCAGUUUCUACCAAAACGCUCGCUGCAGACAAACUACAUGUCCUAUUUGAAAAAAGUCUGGACCAUGAGUGAGGGCACAAACACAGCUAGUAUAUAUCCAAAUGGCAAGUUGCUCCUCCUUUCGGUUUUGCAGAGAGAGCGAUGCGUUUGAGCCAUUGAGCGAUGGGCAGGAAAAACUUGACUUUUUCUCCUGCCAUGGGGGGCGCUCUUUUGGGGAGAAAAAUUCCUUCACAAAUGUGUUGAUGGCUGGACAUUGCAUCAUCCUAGAAAACUUGGAGGCCAGUGAGGACAAAAAUAAAAAGUUAUAAGACUUUUAAAAAUGUGGAUAUUUGGGUCCUCUUUGGCGCCCCCUAGAACGUAAACUGUGGGGUGCAGCGUCAUGAUUUGUACAACUUUGAAUGGCCAUGGGGUGUAGAUUGACCUGAGCAAAUUUGAAGCCGAUGGGACAAAAGAUUUAGGAGGAGUUAGCGAAAUUCCAAUGUGUGCGGAUCGGCAAAAAAUGCGAAAUAACCCUUUAACUGUACAUUUGACAGAUACGCCCGCACUGACUUUUUUGUAGAUCUUAUUGAGAUACAUGUGUGUGUCAAAUUUUGUGUCAUUUUGACAAAGCGUACAGGCGUGACAGUCAACAAUGUGUAUUUUCGCCUUAGGAGACAAGAAAAAAUGGACUUUUUUCUCCUGCCAUGGGGGGGGGGCGCUCUUUUGGCGAGUAAAAAUUCCUUCACAAAUGUGUUGAUGGCUGGACAUUGCAUCAUCCUAGAGAACUUGGAGGCCAGUGAGGACAAAAAUAAAAAGUUAUAAGACUUUUAAGACUGUGGAUUUUUGGGUUAUCUUUGGCGCCCCCUAGAACGUAAACCGUGGGGUGCAGCGUCAUGAUUUGUACAACUUUUAAUGGCCAUGGGGUGUAGAUUGGCCUCAGCAAAUGUGGUGCCUUUGGAACGAAAGCCUUCGGAGGAGUUAGCGAAAUUCCAAUGUGUGCGGAUCGGCAAAAAAUGCGAAAUAACCCUUUAACCGUACAUUUGACAGAUACGCCCGCACUGACUUUUUUGUAGAUCUUAUUGAGAUACAUGUGUGUGUCAAUUUUUGUGUCAAUAUGACAAAGCGUAAAGGCGUGACAGUCAAUAGUGUGAAUUUUCGCCUUAGGAGACAAGAAAAAAUGGACUUUUUUCUCCUGCCAUGGGGGGCGCUCUUUUGGGGAGUAAAAAUUCCUUCACAAAUGUGUUGAUGGCUGGACAUUGCAUCAUCCUAGAAAACUUGGAGGCCAGUGAGGACAAAAAUAAAAAGUUAUACGACUUUUAAGAAUGUGGAUUUCUGGGUUAUCUUUGGCGCCCCCUAGAACGUAAACCGUGGGAUGCAGCGUCAUGAUUUGUACAACUUUUAAUGGCCAUGGGGUGUAGAUUGGCCUGAGCAAAUUUGGUGCCGGUGGAACGAAAGCCUUCGGAGGAGUUAGCGAAAUUCCAAUGUGUGCGGAUCGGCAAAAAAUGCGAACUAGGGCCCCGGUGGGGCACUGUCGGGCCCGAGCCGCGUCGCGCCGCCCCCAGCGCGACCGCCUCCCUCCCGAUCGCGUCACACUCAAGGUCCAAAGAUGGUGUGCGCACUUGUCUGUGGUCAUUUCCCAUUAUAAUGAAUGGGAGGCGCAGUUUCUACCAAAACGCUCGCUGCAGACAAACUACAUGUCCUAUUUGAAAAAAGUCUGGACCAUGAGUGAGGGCACAAACACAGCUAGUAUAUAUCCAAAUGGCAAGUUGCUCCUCCUUUCGGUUUUGCAGAGAGAGCGAUGCGUUUGAGCCAUUGAGCGAUGGGCAGGAAAAACUUGACUUUUUCUCCUGCCAUGGGGGGGCGCUCUUUUGGGGAGAAAAAAUUCCUUCACAAAUGUGUUGAUGGCUGGACAUUGCAUCAUCCUAGAAAACUUGGAGGCCAGUGAGGACAAAAAUAAAAAGUUAUAAGACUUUUAAAAAUGUGGAUAUUUGGGUCCUCUUUGGCGCCCCCUAGAACGUAAACUGUGGGGUGCAGCGUCAUGAUUUGUACAACUUUGAAUGGCCAUGGGGUGUAGAUUGACCUGAGCAAAUUUGAAGCCAAUGGGACAAAAGAUUUAGGAGGAGUUAGCGAAAUUCCAAUGUGUGCGGAUCGGCAAAAAAUGCGAAAUAACCCUUUAACCGUACAUUUGACAGAUACGCCCGCACUGACUUUUUUGUAGAUCUUAUUGAGAUACAUGUGUGUGUCAAAUUUUGUGUCAUUUUGAGAAAGCGUAAAGGCGGUGACAGUCAACAAUGUGUAUUUUCGCCUUAGGAGACAAGAAAAAAUGGACUUUUUUCUCCUGCCAUGGGGGGGGGGCGCUCUUUUGGCGAGUAAAAAUUCCUUCACAAAUGUGUUGAUGGCUGGACAUUGCAUCAUCCUAGAGAACUUGGAGGCCAGUGAGGACAAAAAUAAAAAGUUAUAAGACUUUUAAGACUGUGGAUUUUUGGGUUAUCUUUGGCGCCCCCUAGAACGUAAACCGUGGGGUGCAGCGUCAUGAUUUGUACAACUUUUAAUGGCCAUGGGGUGUAGAUUGGCCUCAGCAAAUGUGGUGCCUUUGGAACGAAAGCCUUCGGAGGAGUUAGCGAAAUUCCAAUGUGUGCGGAUCGGCAAAAAAUGCGAAAUAACCCUUUAACCGUACAUUUGACAGAUACGCCCGCACUGACUUUUUUGUAGAUCUUAUUGAGAUACAUGUGUGUGUCAAUUUUUGUGUCAAUAUGACAAAGCGUAAAGGCGUGACAGUCAAUAGUGUGAAUUUUCGCCUUAGGAGACAAGAAAAAAUGGACUUUUUUCUCCUGCCAUGGGGGGGCGCUCUUUUGGGGAGUAAAAAUUCCUUCACAAAUGUGUUGAUGGCUGGACAUUGCAUCAUCCUAGAAAACUUGGAGGCCAGUGAGGACAAAAAUAAAAAGUUAUAAGACUUUUAAAAAUGUGGAUAUUUGGGUCCUCUUUGGCGCCCCCUAGAACGUAAACUGUGGGGUGCAGCGUCAUGAUUUGUACAACUUUGAAUGGCCAUGGGGUGUAGAUUGACCUGAGCAAAUUUGAAGCCAAUGGGACAAAAGAUUUAGGAGGAGUUAGCGAAAUUCCAAUGUGUGCGGAUCGGCAAAAAAUGCGAAAUAACCCUUUAACCGUACAUUUGACAGAUACGCCCGCACUGACUUUUUUGUAGAUCUUAUUGAGAUACAUGUGUGUGUCAAAUUUUGUGUCAUUUUGACAAAGCGUAAAGGCGUGACAGUCAACAAUGUGUAUUUUCGCCUUAGGAGACAAGAAAAAAUGGACUUUUUUCUCCUGCCGUGGGGGGUGCGCUCUUUUGGCGAGUAAAAAUUCCUUCACAAAUGUGUUGAUGGCUGGACAUUGCAUCAUCCUAGAGAACUUGGAGGCCAGUGAGGACAAAAAUAAAAAGUUAUAAGACUUUUAAGACUGUGGAUUUUUGGGUUAUCUUUGGCGCCCCCUAGAACGUAAACCGUGGGGUGCAGCGUCAUGAUUUGUACAACUUUUAAUGGCCAUGGGGUGUAGAUUGGCCUCAGCAAAUGUGGUGCCUUUGGAACGAAAGCCUUCGGAGGAGUUAGCGAAAUUCCAAUGUGUGCGGAUCGGCAAAAAAUGCGAAAUAACCCUUUAACCGUACAUUUGACAGAUACGCCCGCACUGACUUUUUUGUAGAUCUUAUUGAGAUACAUGUGUGUGUCAAUUUUUGUGUCAAUAUGACAAAGCGUAAAGGCGUGACAGUCAAUAGUGUGAAUUUUCGCCUUAGGAGACAAGAAAAAAUGGACUUUUUUCUCCUGCCAUGGGGGGGCGCUCUUUUGGGGAGUAAAAAUUCCUUCACAAAUGUGUUGAUGGCUGGACAUUGCAUCAUCCUAGAAAACUUGGAGGCCAGUGAGGACAAAAAUAAAAAGUUAUACGACUUUUAAGAAUGUGGAUUUCUGGGUUAUCUUUGGCGCCCCCUAGAACGUAAACCGUGGGAUGCAGCGUCAUGAUUUGUACAACUUUUAAUGGCCAUGGGGUGUAGAUUGGCCUGAGCAAAUUUGGUGCCGGUGGAACGAAAGCCUUCGGAGGAGUUAGCGAAAUUCCAAUGUGUGCGGAUCGGCAAAAAAUGCGAAAUAGCCCUUUAACCGUACAUUUGACAGAUACGCCCGCACUGACUUUUUUGUAGAUCUUAUUGAGAUACACGUGUGUGUCAAAUUUUGUGUCAUUUUGACAAAGCGUACAGGCGUGACACUCAAUCAUGUGAAUUUUUCACCUUAGGGGGCGCUAUGGAACCAUUUUGCAUUUGAUUUUUUGGGCGACUUCAGAAUAUCGAAUUUUUCACCAGGCCCGGUCGUCCUGCCAAAUUUCAUGACUUUUCACCAGUGGGAAGUGGGCCAUUUUCCAGUUCAAAGGGGCAGAAAAAUAACUAGGGCCCCGGUGGGGCACUGUCGGGCCCGAGCCGUGUCGCGCCGCCCCCAGCGCGACCGCCUCCCCCUCCCGAUCGCGUCACACUCAAGGUCCAAAGAUGGUGUGCGCACUUGUCUGUGGUCAUUUCCCAUUAUAAUGAAUGGGAGGCGCAGUUUCUACCAAAACGCUCGCUGCAGACAAACUACAUGUCCUAUUUGAAAAAAGUCUGGACCAUGAGUGAGGGCACAAACACAGCUAGUAUAUAUCCAAAUGGCAAGUUGCUCCUCCUUUCGGUUUUGCAGAGAGAGCGAUGCGUUUGAGCCAUUGAGCGAUGGGCAGGAAAAACUUGACUUUUUCUCCUGCCAUGGGGGGGCGCUCUUUUGGGGAGAAAAAAUUCCUUCACAAAUGUGUUGAUGGCUGGACAUUGCAUCAUCCUAGAAAACUUGGAGGCCAGUGAGGACAAAAAUAAAAAGUUAUAAGACUUUUAAAAAUGUGGAUAUUUGGGUCCUCUUUGGCGCCCCCUAGAACGUAAACUGUGGGGUGCAGCGUCAUGAUUUGUACAACUUUUAAUGGCCAUGGGGUGUAGAUUGGCCUGAGCAAAUGUGGUGCCGGUGGAACGAAAGCCUUCGGAGGAGUUAGCGAAAUUCCAAUGUGUGCGGAUCGGCAAAAAAUGCGAAAUAACCCUUUAACCGUACAUUUGACAGAUACGCCCGCACUGACUUUUUUGUAGAUCUUAUUGAGAUACAUGUGUGUGUCAAAUUUUGUGUCAUUUUGACAAAGCGUAAAGGCGUGACAGUCAACAAUGUGUAUUUUCGCCUUAGGAGACAAGAAAAAAUGGACUUUUUUCUCCUGCCAUGGGGGGGGCGCUCUUUUGGCGAGUAAAAAUUCCUUCACAAAUGUGUUGAUGGCUGGACAUUGCAUCAUCCUAGUGAACUUGGAGGCCAGUGAGGACAAAAAUAAAAAGUUAUAAGACUUUUAAGACUGUGGAUUUUUGGGUUAUCUUUGGCGCCCCCUAGAACGUAAACCGUGGGGUGCAGCGUCAUGAUUUGUACAACUUUUAAUGGCCAUGGGGUGUAGAUUGGCCUCAGCAAAUGUGGUGCCUUUGGAACGAAAGCCUUCGGAGGAGUUAGCGAAAUUCCAAUGUGUGCGGAUCGGCAAAAAAUGCGAAAUAGCCCUUUCACUGUACAUUUGACAGAUACGCCCGCACUGACUUUUUUGUAGAUCUUAUUGAGAUACAUGUGUGUGUCAAUUUUUGUGUCAAUAUGACAUAGCGUAAAGACGUGACAGUCAAUAGUGUGAAUUUUCGCCCUAGGAGACAAGAAAAAAUGGACUUUUUUCUCCUGCCAUGGGGGGGCGCUCUUUUGGGGAGUAAAAAUUCCUUCACAAAUGUGUUGAUGGCUGGACAUUGCAUCAUCCUAGAAAACUUGGAGGCCAGUGAGGACAAAAAUAAAAAGUUAUACGACUUUUAAGAAUGUGGAUUUCUGGGUUAUCUUUGGCGCCCCCUAGAACGUAAACCGUGGGAUGCAGCGUCAUGAUUUGUACAACUUUUAAUGGCCAUGGGGUGUAGAUUGGCCUGAGCAAAUUUGGUGCCGGUGGAACGAAAGCCUUCGGAGGAGUUAGCGAAAUUCCAAUGUGUGCGGAUCGGCAAAAAAUGCGAAAUAGCCCUUUAACCGUACAUUUGACAGAUACGCCCGCACUGACUUUUUUGUAGAUCUUAUUGAGAUACACGUGUGUGUCAAAUUUUGUGUCAUUUUGACAAAGCGUACAGGCGUGACACUCAAUCAUGUGAAUUUUUCACCUUAGGGGGCGCUAUGGAGCCAUUUUGCAUUUGAUUUUUUGGGCGACUUCAGAAUAUCGAAUUUUUCACCAGGCCCGGUCGUCCUGCCAAAUUUCAUGACUUUUCACCAGUGGGAAGUGGGCCAUUUUCCAGUUCAAAGGGGCAGAAAAAUAAUAAGAAGAAGAAGAAGAAAGAAGAAUCCAUCAGGAAUAAUAGGGCUCUCGCAGCUGCUUAGCAGCUACGCUCGGGCCCUAAUAAGAAGAAGAAGAAGAAAGAAGAAUCCAUCAGGAAUAAUAGGGCUCUCGCAGCUGCUUAGCAGCUACGCUCGGGCCCUAAAUAGCCCUUUAACCGUACAUUUGACAGAUACGCCCGCACUGACUUUUUUGUAGAUCUUAUUGAGAUACACGUGUGUGUCAAAUUUUGUGUCAUUUUGACAAAGCGUACAGGCGUGACACUCAAUCAUGUGAAUUUUCGCCUUAGGAGACAAGAAAAAAUGGACUUUUUUCUCCUACCAUGGGGGGGCGCUCUUUUGGCGAGUAAAAAUUCCUUCACAAAUGUGUUGAUGGCUGGACAUUGCAUCAUCCUAGAGAACUUGGAGGCCAGUGAGGACAAAAAUAAAAAGUUAUAAGACUUUUAAGACUAUGGAUUUUUGGGUUAUCUUUGGCGCCCCCUAGAACGUAAACCGUGGGGUGCAGCGUCAUGAUUUGUACAACUUUUAAUGGCCAUGGGGUGUAGAUUGGCCUGAGCAAAUGUGGUGCCUUUGGAACGAAAGCCUUCAGAGGAGUUAGCGAAAUUCCAAUGUGUGCGGAUCGGCAAAAAAUGCGAAAUAGCCCUUUAACCGUACAUUUGACAGAUACGCCCGCACUGACUUUUUUGUAGAUCUUAUUGAGAUACAUGUGUGUGUCAAUUUUUGUGUCAAUAUGACAAAGCGUAAAGGCGUGACAGUCAAUAGUGUGAAUUUUCACCUUAGGGGGCGCUAUGGAGCCAUUUUGCAUUUUAUUGUUUGGGCGACUUCAGAAUAUCGAAUUUUUCACCAGGCCCAUUCGUCCUGCCAAAUUUCAUGAGUUUUCGCCAGUGGGAAGUGGGCCAUUUUCCCCUUCAAAGGGGAGGAAAAAUAAGAAGAAAGAAAGAAAGAAAGAAAGAAAGAAAGAAAGACUAGGGCCCCGGUGGGGCACUGUCGGGCCCGAGCCGCGUCGCGCCGCCCCCAGCGCGACCGCCUCCCCCUCCCGAUCGCGUCACACUCAAGGUCCAAAGAUGGUGUGCGCACUUGUCUGUGGUCAUUUCCCAUUAUAAUGAAUGGGAGGCGCAGUUUCUACCAAAACGCUCGCUGCAGACAAACUACAUGUCCUAUUUGAAAAAAGUCUGGACCAUGAGUGAGGGCACAAACACAGCUAGUAUAUAUCCAAAUGGCAAGUUGCUCCUCCUUUCGGUUUUGCAGAGAGAGCGAUGCGUUUGAGCCAUUGAGCGAUGGGCAGGAAAAACUUGACUUUUUCUCCUGCCAUGGGGGGGCGCUCUUUUGGGGAGAAAAAAUUCCUUCACAAAUGUGUUGAUGGCUGGACAUUGCAUCAUCCUAGAAAACUUGGAGGCCAGUGAGGACAAAAAUAAAAAGUUAUAAGACUUUUAAAAAUGUGGAUAUUUGGGUCCUCUUUGGCGCCCCCUAGAACGUAAACUGUGGGGUGCAGCGUCAUGAUUUGUACAACUUUGAAUGGCCAUGGGGUGUAGAUUGACCUGAGCAAAUUUGAAGCCGAUGGGACAAAAGAUUUAGGAGGAGUUAGCGAAAUUCCAAUGUGUGCGGAUCGGCAAAAAAUGCGAAAUAACCCUUUAACCGUACAUUUGACAGAUACGCCCGCACUGACUUUUUUGUAGAUCUUAUUGAGAUACAUGUGUGUGUCAAAUUUUGUGUCAUUUUGACAAAGCGUACAGGCGUGACAGUCAACAAUGUGUAUUUUCGCCUUAGGAGACAAGAAAAAAUGGACUUUUUUCUCCUGCCAUGGGGGGCGCUCUUUUGGCGAGUAAAAAUUCCUUCACAAAUGUGUUGAUGGCUGGACAUUGCAUCAUCCUAGAGAACUUGGAGGCCAGUGAGGACAAAAAUAAAAAGUUAUAAGACUUUUAAGACUGUGGAUUUUUGGGUUAUCUUUGGCGCCCCCUAGAACGUAAACCGUGGGGUGCAGCGUCAUGAUUUGUACAACUUUUAAUGGCCAUGGGGUGUAGAUUGGCCUCAGCAAAUGUGGUGCCUUUGGAACGAAAGCCUUCGGAGGAGUUAGCGAAAUUCCAAUGUGUGCGGAUCGGCAAAAAAUGCGAAAUAACCCUUUAACCGUACAUUUGACAGAUACGCCCGCACUGACUUUUUUGUAGAUCUUAUUGAGAUACAUGUGUGUGUCAAUUUUUGUGUCAAUAUGACAAAGCGUAAAGGCGUGACAGUCAAUAGUGUGAAUUUUCGCCUUAGGAGACAAGAAAAAAUGGACUUUUUUCUCCUGCCAUGGGGGGGCGCUCUUUUGGGGAGUAAAAAUUCCUUCACAAAUGUGUUGAUGGCUGGACAUUGCAUCAUCCUAGAAAACUUGGAGGCCAGUGAGGACAAAAAUAAAAAGUUAUACGACUUUUAAGAAUGUGGAUUUCUGGGUUAUCUUUGGCGCCCCCUAGAACGUAAACCGUGGGAUGCAGCGUCAUGAUUUGUACAACUUUUAAUGGCCAUGGGGUGUAGAUUGGCCUGAGCAAAUUUGGUGCCGGUGGAACGAAAGCCUUCGGAGGAGUUAGCGAAAUUCCAAUGUGUGCGGAUCGGCAAAAAAUGCGAAAUAGCCCUUUAACCGUACAUUUGACAGAUACGCCCGCACUGACUUUUUUGUAGAUCUUAUUGAGAUACACGUGUGUGUCAAAUUUUGUGUCAUUUUGACAAAGCGUACAGGCGUGACACUCAAUCAUGUGAAUUUUCGCCUUAGGAGACAAGAAAAAAUGGACUUUUUUCUCCUACCAUGGGGGGGCGCUCUUUUGGCGAGUAAAAAUUCCUUCACAAAUGUGUUGAUGGCUGGACAUUGCAUCAUCCUAGAGAACUUGGAGGCCAGUGAGGACAAAAAUAAAAAGUUAUAAGACUUUUAAGACUGUGGAUUUUUGGGUUAUCUUUGGCGCCCCCUAGAACGUAAACCGUGGGGUGCAGCGUCAUGAUUUGUACAACUUUUAAUGGCCAUGGGGUGUAGAUUGGCCUGAGCAAAUGUGGUGCCGGUGGAACGAAAGCCUUCGGAGGAGUUAGCGAAAUUCCAAUGUGUGCGGAUCGGCAAAAAAUGCGAAAUAACCCUCUAACCGUACAUUUGACAGAUACGCCCGCGCUGACUUUUUUGUAGAUCUUAUUGAGAUACAUGUGUGUGUCAAUUUUUGUGUCAAUAUGACAAAGCGUAAAGGCGUGACAGUCAAUAGUGUGAAUUUUCAUCUUAGGGGGCGCUAUGGAGCCAUUUUGCAUUUUAUUGUUUGGGCGACUUCAGAAUAUCAAAUUUUUCACCAGGCCCAUUUGUCCUGCCAAAUUUCAUGAGUUUUCGCCAGUGGGAAGUGGGCCAUUUUCCCCUUCAAAGGGGAGGAAAAAUAAGAAGAACUAGGGCCCCGUUGGGGCACUGGCGGGCCCGAGCUGUGUCACGCCGCCCCCAACACGACCGCCUCUCCCUCCCGAUCGCGUCACACUCAAGGUUCAACGAUGGUGUGCGCACUUGUCUGUGGUCAUUUACCAUUAUAAUGAAUGGGAGGCGCAGUUUCUACCAAAACACUUGCUGCAGACAAACUACAUGUCCUAUUUGAAAAAAGUCUGGACCAUGAGUGAGGGCACAAACACAGCUAGGAUAUAUCCAAAUGGCAAGUUCCUCCUCCUUUCGUUUUUUUCCGAGAGAGCGAUGUGUUUGAGCCAUUGAGCGAUGGGCAGGAAAAACUUGACUUUAUUCUCCUGCCAUGGGGGGGCGCUCUUUUGGGGAGUAAAAAUUCCUUCACAAAUGUGUUGAUGGCUAGACAUUGCAUCAUCCUAGAAAACUUUGAAGCCAGUGAGGACAAAAAUGAAAAGUUAUAAGACUUUUAAGAAUGUGGAUUUUUGGGUUAUCUUUGGCGCCCCCUAGAACGUAAACCGUGGGGUGCAGCAUCAUGAUUUGUACAACUUUUAAUGGCCAUGGGGUGUAGAUUGGCCUGAGCAAAUUUGGUGCCGGUGGAACGAAAGCUUUAGGAGGAGUUAGCCACAUUCCAAUGUGUGCGAAUCAACCAAAAAUGCGAAAUAGCCCUUUAACCGUACAUUUUGCAGACACGUGCGCAUUGACUUUUUCGUAGAUCUUAUUGAGAUACACGUGAUUAUAAAAUUUUGUUUCAAUAUGACAAAGCGUACAGGCGUGACACUCAACAAUGUGUAUUUUCACCUUAUAGGACAAGAAAAAAUGGCCUUUUUUCUCCUGCCAUGGGGGGGCGCUCUUUUGGGGAGUAAAAAUUCCUUCACAAAUGUGUUGAUGGCUGGACAUUGCAUCAUCCUAGAAAACUUGGAGGCCAGUGAGGACAGAAAUAAAAAGUUAUAAGACUUGUAAGAAUGUGGAUUUUGGGUUAUCUUUGGCGCCCCCUACAACGUAAACCGUGGGGUGCAGCGUCAUGAUUUGUACAACUUUGAAUGGCCAUGGGGUGUAGAUUGGCCUGAGCAAAUUUGGUGCCGGUGGAACGAAAGCCUUCGGAGGAGUUAGCGAAAUUCCAAUGUGUGCGGAUCGGCAAAAAAUGCGAAAUAGCCCUUUAAACGUACAUUUGACAGAUACGCCCGCACUGACUUUUUUGUAGAUCUUAUUGAGAUACACGUGUGUGUCAAAUUUUGUGUCAUUUUGACAAAGCGUACAGGCGUGACACUCAAUCAUGUGAAUUUUUCACCUUAGGGGGCGCUAUGGAGCCAUUUUGCAUUUGAUUGUUUGGGUGACUUCAGAAUAUCGAAUUUUUCACCAGGCCCGGUCGUCCUGCCAAAUUUCAUGAGUUUUCACCAGUGGGAAGUGGGCCAUUUUCCAGUUCAAAGGGGCAGAAAAAUAAUAAUAAGAAGAAGAAGAAGAAAGAAGAAUCCAUCAGGAAUAAUAGGGCUCUCGCAGCUGCUUAGCAGCUACGCUCGGGCCCUAACUAGGGCCCCGGUGGGGCACUGGCAGGCCCGAGCCGUGUCGCGCCGCCCCCAGCGCGACCGCCUCCCCCACCCAAUCGCGUCACACUCAAGGUCCAAAGAUGGUGUGCGCACUUGUCUGUGGUCAUUUACCAUUAUAAUGAAUGGGAGGCGCAGUUUCUACCAAAACGCUCGCUGCAGAAAAACUCCAUGUCCUAUUUGAAAAAAGUCUGGACCAUGAGUGAGGGCACAAACACAGCUAAGAUAUAUCCAAAUGACAAGUUGCUCCUCCUUUCGCUUUUGCCGAGAGAGCGAUGCGUUUGAGCCAUUGAACGAUGAACAGGAAAAACUUGACUUUAUUCUCCUGCCAUGGGGGGGCGCUCUUUUAACGAGAAAAAACUCCUUCACAAAUGUGUUGAUGGCUGGACAUUGCAUCAUCCUAGAAAACAUGGAGGCCAGUGAGGACAAAAAUAAAAUGUUAUAACACUUUUAAGAAUAUGGAUAUUUGGGUCAUCUUUGGCGCCCCCUAGAACUUAAACCGUGGGGUGCAGUGUCAUGAUUUUUACAACUUUGAAUGGCCAUGGGGUGUAGAUUGGCCUGAGCAAAUUUGGUGCCGGUGGAGCGAAAGCCUUAGGAGGAGUUAGCUACAUUCCAAUGUGUGCGAAUCGGCAAAAAAUGCGAAAUAGCCCUUUAACCGUACAUUUGACAGAUACGCCUGCAUUUACUUUUUCGUAGAUCUUAUUGAGAUACACGUGUGUGUCGAAUUUUGUGUCAUUUUGACAAAGCGUACAGGCAUGACACUCAACAAUGUGUAUUUUCACCUUAGGGGACAAGAAAAAAUGGACUUUUUUCUCCUGCCAUGGGGGGGCGCUCUAUUGGGGAGUAAACAUUCCUUCACAAAUGUGUUGAUGGCUGGACAUUGCAUCAUCCUAGAAAACUUGGAGGCCAGUGAGGACAAAAAUAAAAAGUUAUAAGACUUUUAAAAAUGUGGAUAUUUGGGUCCUCUUUGGCGCCCCCUAGAACGUAGACCGUGGGGUGCAGCGUCAUGAUUUUUACAACUUUGAAUGGCCAUGGGGUGUAGAUUGGCCUGAGCAAAUUUGGUGUCAGUGGGACGAAAGCCUUAGGAGGAGUUAGCCACAUUCCAAUGUGUGCGAAACGGCAAAAAAUGCGAAAUAGCCCUUUAACCGUACAUUUUACUGAUACGCGCGCAUUGACUCUUUCGUAGAUCUUAUUGAGAUACACGUGAUUGUCAAAUUUUGUGUCAAUAUGACGAAGCGUACAGGCGUGACAUUCAACAAUGUGUAUUUUCGCCUUAGGGGACAAGAAAAACUUGACUUUUUUCUCCUGCCAUGGGGGGGCGCUCUUUUGGGGAGUAAAAAUUCCUUCACAAAUGUGUUGAUGGCUGGACAUGGCAUCAUCCUAGAAAACUUGGAGGCCAGUGAGGACAAAAAUAAAAAGUUAUAAGACUUUUAAGAAUGUGGAUUUUUGGGUUAUUUUUGGCGCCCCCUAGAACGUAAACCGUGGGGUGCAGCAUCAUGAUUUGUACAACUUUUAAUGGCCAUGGGGUGUAGAUUGGCCUGAGCAAAUUUGGUGCCGGUGGAACGAAAGCCUUCGGAGGAGUUAGCGAAAUUCCAAUGUGUGCGGAUCGGCAAAAAAUGCGAAAUAGCCCUUUAACCGUACAUUUGACAGAUACGCCCGCACUGACUUUUUUGUAGAUCUUAUUGAGAUACACAUGUGUGUCAAAUUUUGUGUCAUUUUGACAAAGCGUACAGGCGUCAGGUGAGUUUUCACCAUAGGGGGCGCUAUGGAGCCAUUUUUCAUUUUUUUGUUUGGGCGACUUCAGAAUAUCAAAUUUUUCACCAGGCCCGGUCGUCCUGCCAAAUUUCCUGAGUUUUCGCCAGUGGGAAGUGGGCCAUUUUCCAGUUUAAAGCGGAGGAAAAAUAACGAAAGAAGAAUCCAUCAGGAACAAGAGGGCUCUCGCAGCUGCUUAGCAGCUACGCUCGGGCCCUAAAGAAAGAAAGAAAGAAAGAAAGAAAGAAGAAAGAAAAACCUUUACAGGAAUAAUAGGGCUCUACGCCCGGCUGCUCUGCAGCUGGCUCGGGCCCUAACAAGAGGGCUCUCGCAGCUGCUUAGCAGCUACGCUCGGGCCCUAAAAAUCAGCUUAAAGGGGACCUGCCAUCAAAAUUUCAUACCCAUUUUUAUCAUUUUUUCAUAAUCCUUGAUGUCCUCUGAUCAUGUUUGCAACAUAAUUUUACCUGAAAAGUUAUUUGAUGGUUUGUUUUUAGUAUGCCUAAAAAACCUUACAGGAAAACCAACUGAUUUUGGCUCAUUAACAUUUAUGGUAAUGAGCUUUGCUCUGAUUGGAUCGCUGCUGUGACGCCUGCUGUGCUCUGAUUGGCUCAGCAGUGGAGGUUCGGAUUUCAGUUUAUCCAUUUUGCUAAUGUGUGCUAAAGUAAGGUGCCCAGAUGUCUGUAAUGAUAUCCGGGGAUAUUUGGUGCGGCGGCGGCUGCGGGGAGGGUGCAGGGGCUGCAGGGGCUGCGUGAUCACAGACAAAAUCUUGGUACUAUUUAGUAGCAGCGCAUGCCCCUUGUAAUAACCCCCCUUAAAAACUGUUGUUCAGGACUGCUUACUUGUGCUUCCUACCUAUUCGGCUACUGUAAUAACCGUUGUUCGAGCCCACACGCAACAUUUUUGCUCUCAUUAAUGAAACGCUUAAAUCGGGGACAUUUUCGGGGACAGCUUUUACCGGGGACAGGUCAUCCAAUACGGGGACUGUCCCCGGAAAACGGGGACGUCUGGUCACCUUAUGCUAAAGGCUAAAAAUGGCAGGUAUUAACCUAUAUAUUUUAGACCCUGAGUCCGAAGAGGAGGUGGAAGUUGAAGAAGAAGCCGGAGAUCUCCAGCUGUGUUUUGUCAUUCAUUCUGCCCAGCUUUAAGUUCAUUUUCCCGGCAGUGAACCCAAGGAAACACCGGUCGUUUGGAAGAGACCCAUAGCGGAUACAGUGGUAGCUGGGUCUCGCUCUGGCUGGAGAGUGAUGUUGACUGUGAAUGAGUACAAGAACGAGAGAGUGGGCGCGGCUCACCGAGGACGCGCUCGUGAAUAAUAAUGAGCAAGGUCAGCGUGACGUCAGAAGGACCUGCUUUUUCAAUUGGCCUGGUUUACCCGUUCCUUUAUUUUAAACCUUUACAGAAUGCCAACGACUUAACGGUUUGUUUUCACAUUUACAACAUAAGACGAACAUAAUAUGGACCUUAUCUGACACAAAAACUCACAAAAUUACAUUUUGAUGGCAGGUCCCCCUUAAAGCCAGACUAAAAAGGAAGGUCAUGAGUUUCCGUUUAAAAAUAUGAACUGUAGGUGUUGCUCUCAGGUCUUCAGGCAGACUGUUCCACAGGCGGGGGCCAAAAUAAUAGAAUGAUGCCUCACCGUAUGUUUUGGUUCUGACUUUGGGGACUAUUAAAAGACCACUAUCUGAAGACCAGAGGGCUCCACUGGGCUCAUAUCAUAAAAGCAAAUCAGAUAAAUAAGAAGGACCAAGACCAUUAAGACAUUUAUAAACUAAUAAAAGAACCUUAAAGGGGACCUGCCACCAAAAUUUCAUACCCAUUUUUAUCAAUUUUUCAUAAUCCUUGAUGUCCUCUGAGCAUGUUUGCAACAUAAUUUUAGCUGAAAAGUUAUUUGAUGGUCUGUUUUAGUAUGCCUAAAAAACCUUACAGGAAAACCAACUGGUUUUGGCUCAUUAACAUUUAUGGUAAUGAGCUUUGCUCUGAUUGGAUCGCUGCUGUGAAGCCUGCUGUGCUCUGAUUGGCUCAGCAGUGGAGGUUCGGAUUUCGGUUUAUCCACUGUUAUUAUGCUAAUGCUAAUAGCAUAUGCUAAUGUGUGCUAAAGUAAGGUGCCCAGAUGUCUGUAAUGAUAUCCGGGGAUAUUCGGUGCGGCGGCGGUGGUGCAGGGGCUGCAGGGGCUGUGUGAUCACAGACAAAGUCUCGGUACUAUUUAGUAGCAGCGCAUGCCCCUUGUAAUAACCCCCGUAAGAACUGUUGUUCAGGACUGCUAACUAAAUUCGGCUACUGUAAUAACCGUUGUUCGAGCCCACACGCAACAUUUUUGCUCUCAUUAAUGAAACGCUUAAAUCGGGGACAUUUUCGGGGACAGCUUUUGCCGGGGACAGAUCAUCCAAUACGGGGACUGUCCCCGGAAAUCGGGGACGUCUGGUCACCUUAUGCUAAAGGCUAAAAACGGCAGGUAUUAAACCAUAUAUUUUAGACCCCGAGUCCAAAGAGGAGGUGGAAGUUGAGGAAGAAGCCGGAGAUCUCCAGCGGUGUUUUCUCAUUCAUUCUGCCCGGCUUUAAGUUCAUUUUCCCGGCAGUAAACCGAAGGAAACACCGAUCGUUUGGAAGGGACCCAUAGCGGAUACAGCGGUAGCUGGGUCUCGCUCUGGCUGUGACUGAGUACGAGAACGAGAGAGUGGGCGCGGCUAACCGAGGACGAAUAAUGAGCAAGGUCGGCGCAACGUAACACCGACGGGCUUUUUCAAUUGGCCUGGUUUACUCGUUCCUUGAUUUUAAACCUUUACAGAAUGCAAACGACGUAACGGUUUGUUUUCACAUGUACAACAUAAGACGAACAUAAUAUGGACCUUAUAUGACACAAAAAACCCCAAAAAUUACAUUUUUAUGGCAGGUCCCCUUUAAAAUCUAUUCUAAAAGACACAGGAAGCCAAUGCAGAGACUUUAAAAUUGGUGUAAUGUGGGCUCUCCUCCUGGGCUUUGUCAGCAUGCGUGCAGCCGAAUUUUGCAGCAGCUGAAGCUGUGAAAUGUUAUUUUUAGGAAGACCAGAUAGGAGAGCAUUACAAUAAUCAAUUCUGCAGGUAACAAAAGCAUGGAUAAGAGUCUCUGCAUUGGCUUGAGAGAGAAACUGGCAGACUCUAGAGAUGUUCUUAAGGUGAUAAAAAGCCCUUUUGGUGACAUCACGUAUGUGUGAUUCAAAGCUGAGGUUAAAAUCAAAUAUAACACCCAGAUUUUUAACUUUUUUUCAGGGAUUAAAAGACAGUACUCGGAGUUUGUUCUCCAGUUUCUCUCUCUCUGAACCUGUACCGAUGACUAAAACCUGGGUUUUGUCCUGAUUGAGCUGCAAGAAGUUGUCUGCCAUCCAGGACUGGACAUCUAAAAUACAGUUAAAAAGGGCAUCAAUGGGCCCUGUGUCAUCAGGAGACACAGCCAGGUAGAGCUAUGUAUCAUCAGCAUAGCUGUGAAAGUUAAUGCCGUGUCUCCUGAUGACAUCUCCUAAUGGUAACAUAAAUAGAUUAAAAAGUGUGGGGCCUAAAAUUGAGCCCUGGGGAACGCCACACUCCAUUUCAUAGGUUCUUGAUGAGCGUCCCCCAGUGCUAAUGUAAAAUUCCCUGCCAUUCAGAUAUGUUUUAAACCAGCUAAAAACAGUACCAGAGAUGCCAGUGUAGUUUUGGAGUCUGUUUAAAAGAAUUGUAUGAUCCACCGUGUCAAAAGCUACACUCAGGUCCAACAGGACUAAAACAGAAAUUAAUCUUUCAUCCAUGUUGGACCUGAGGUCACUUACAAUCUUGACCAGUGCCGUCUCUGUACUGUGAUUUUUCCUAAAACCAGACUGAAAUACAUCACCAAUAUUUUUAGAAAUCAUAAAAUCAUUUAACUGGUUAAAAACAAUCUUUUCUAAAAUUUUGCUUAAAAAUGGCAGGUUGGACACAGGUCUGUAAUUAUUAGGUAGCUCAGAAGGGGUCUGACACAGGCCGUCUAAAAGGCAGUGGGAAAGAUCCCUGUUUGAAGAGAAUAGUUUACAAUAUUAAUAAUGUCAUCCUAAAAAACACUAAAAGAGGUCUUAAAAAGGGAUGUGGGUGUAGGAUCUAAAACACAAGUCACUGGUCUAAGAUGGGAGACAACUUCCGCAAUCUCUGCAGCAUCAACCAGGGCAAACCUGUCCAGUGUCUCCCCAUUUAAACACACAGACUCAGAAGAGCUAAAAUCAUCAGGCUUACUGUUAAAAAAGUUUGACCUGAUAACAUCAAUUUUAUUUCUGAAGUGGACUGCAAGGUCUUCACAGGAUAAAUCUGAAUUAAAAGGUUGCUUAAAAACAGGAUUUGUUAAUUGGUCAAUGGUUGAGAAAAGGAUUUUGGGGUUAUUGCAAUUGUCAUAAUUUUGAGAAGUGGUCCUGUCUUGCUUGUUUUACUGCUCUGUUGUAAGUGGUGAUUUGAUCCCGAAAAAUCUGAUGAUGUGCUUGUAAUGUAUGUUUUCUCCAUCUGCUCUCUGCAAUUCUGCAUUUUCUCUUUAAUCUGAGGACCUCGCUUGUUCUCCAUGGUGGUUUUAUGUUUUGUUUGAUCUUUUUCAAUUUUAAUGGUGCAACAUCUAUUACUGACUUAAGUUUCUGGUUUAAAUGGUGAACAAUAAAAUCACAAGCAGAGGGUAAAACAGCCACUUGGGACAGCUCACCAGAAAAAUUGCUCUGGGAGAUGCCGGCACGAACUGUGAUGGUGCGCUGGAAUGAUCCAGACGCAGGAAAAUGCAGUGUUACAAGGAGGUUUUCCACAAGUAAUCCAUAAUUUUUGGCUGGCUCCAAAUCAGCCUUUAAGUCAGCCAGCAGUUCAAAAAUUGCAUUACUAUUACUAUUACUCUACUACUUUUAGUUCUGACUGUCCAGAUAUGUUGAUAUGUGCACAGAAAACUCUCUCACUCUCCAUCGUCUGUCAUUGCACAUUUGACUCCUUCUCCCCACAAUGACCGUAGCUAUUUGUCUGUAAAGGUAUGCCAGUUUGCACCUGCCUUUCCAACAUGUUAAAUAUAGACGCACAAACAGCAACCACAAUCAGUUUCAGGGUUUGAUAAAUCGCAUUGCGGUGCUAAAUAAUUUCAUUUGCAUCUCUUCCUCCUACAAGUAUUUUACGCGUUCUGAUAAUCUGCAUAUAUUCCACGUAUUCAUCAAGGCAAACACGCUAAAUGGAUUGCGUGUGCUGUUUUCUUAUUUGACAGUCGGUGCACCCGGUUAGUAGAUCAGCUUUGUGCAUGCUAUCAAGUUUGCACGUGUUUUUAUGCACGCAAACCUUUAAUAGAUCAGGCCCUAAAAUUCAGUCAACACAACAGAGGAGACAAGACCAGAUUAAAUCAUGAAAUGGUGCUAAAAAUAAUUUAAAAUGUAGGAAUACACAAAUUCAUAUUUGGGGCUGACUGUGACUGACUGUUUACUGGUCCUGUGUACUAGCCCUACAUGGGUAAUAGCCCUGACAUUUAAAGUAUUCAAAUACAUGUUUACACAUCUUUGCUUUAUAGAUUACUACAUUUAAAAAUAAAAAGAUUAUUUUUAUUAAAGUAAUUCAAAUUUGAAUUUAUCCUCCUGCAUUUAAAGUUGCCCCAGAGAGAGAAAAGCUCUCAACUGUAACAAUGAACCAGGAUUUGGACCCAAAAGCUGGACUCAGGAGGCAGAUAAAAGUUCAAAGUGGGUUUUAUCAAAAAAGGGUUCGGUACACAGGUAGGCAGUCACACAGGCAGAAGUAUCCAAAUUAAAAGGCAAAAUCUCAGUCCAAAAACACUAUCAAAGUCAAAAAACAGGGAGGCAAACACAAGGGAAAUGCUGGAAUGUUUGACACAAAGGAACAAAACGAACUGGCACAGAAGGGAGAGAGGGCUGAACAUAACGUUUUUCUCAGUUGCUUCGGUGUGUUUCUCACAUCACUAUUAACAUUUGCACAACAGUUGGUGCAUUUCUCAGAACAAUUAGUACAAACUGCAAAACCUAAUGGAUAACCUGCAAAAGUGCGCCACUUGCCCAAAAUGAAUAGUUGAUUCCUCAAAAGCAAGUAUUCAUGUCAAUUAAAGUGUCUGUGUCAUCAAAAUAAUAAGUCCCGACACCAUUGUUUAUGUACACGACAGUCAAAUGGUUUGUCAUGUUUUCAUUAUGACAGUUUACUCUCUCUGUGUUUUCCAAUGCAAAAAAGUUUGACCUGUACAGCUAUUUGAAAACUACAGCAAAUUAACACAUUACUGUAUUUUGUGAGGUAACUGAGUACAUGACACAUGUUUCGCAUAUUUACUGUAUAUGAUCUUUGCAAUUCUACAGCAUUGUGCAAAAAAGAAAAAAAAAAUUACAGUCACUCAUUUAGAACAAACAAGAAAUACAAUUUUGGUAGAUCUGUGCACAAAUGUAAACAACAUAACAGUACAUAUUACUGUAAACUAUAAUAUAUGGGUGAGGACAUCAUUUUCUGAGAUGGCUGCACACAUUCAGACAUUCCCCCCCUCAUUGGCCUGGGACAUCAAUUGUUGUUCUCUGUCCAAUUCUGUUUCUUCCACGCUUCUGCCUUUGGCCAGAUUGAAACCUGCCUCAUCAAUGUAAAUGAAUGUGUGCAGUGGUUCCCUGGCCCUGGCCUCUAGCUGCAGUAUACGCUUUAUCCCAGAAGAGAGGGAGAGAAAAAAAAAAAAACAAUUGAAAGAACUUUUCCUGUGUAACAUAAUGCAUUUUUAACAACAUAGUGUACAGUAUGUAGCCUACUGUGAAUAUACAGAACUGUUACGGUAGGUGUACUGCAGGGAACCACACAAUGUGAACAGUUUAUAGUUCGGAACAUUAGAGUGUCCAUAGAAGGCACAAUCCGGCUUUACCUGUACAUACUGGUGUUGGGUCUUUUUCACUCUUUCGCUGUUUCUUUCAAGUGGCACCUUGUAAAGUUGUUUCAUGCGCAUACCAUUCCUCCUGGUCACUCUGUCAAUUGUUGGGAUCGAAACAGAUUUAAUAUUGCCAAAGAUAUUGUCAUCCUCUAUAACGGCACUUUGAAUCUCUCUUAAUCGUAUUGCAUUGUUUGCAAUCACCAUUGCUCAAAUGGCUUCCUCUUGUUGUGGAGUAAAAACAGGCCCCCUGCCACCUCUGCAAGGUUGUGAUGCAGUCUGAUGUGUUGCGAAGUAAAAUUAUAGUGAUGUACAGUAAAUAUGAGAUAUAGUAAGGUAUUUGAUUACUGUCCGAUACUAUACGUACCUGUUCUCCCUAUGAAAUGUUUGAAUGCUGGAAUUCUCAGUGGUUCUCCCUACAUUUGGUUGCACCAGUCGACCAGCCUCAGCCAUAAUGAGGCCGUGAUUGACAAUAUGGUCCACAAGUGUUGCCCUAAUUUCAUCAGGGAUUUGCCUAUGUACUUCACUUCUUCUUCCUCUGCCCUCUGCAUUGUCCCCUUCCCCUUCCCCCCUGCAUUCUCACCUCUCCUCCAUGUGUCACAGAAUUGUAGAAAUGGUACUCGCUAUGUCCUCCUUGGUUUAUAUAUAUUUGCCAAGUGAGGGUUCAUUGGAUUCAGCUGUGAGUGACUCUGGACAAGUGGCUGAGGCUCACCUGAGAGCAAUUGUUCAAUUUAGGAGAUAUUUUCAGGAAAGAAAAUGAUAAAGAAAUGUAGGAAAUCAGCCUGACAGAUUUUGACAACUCGUUCAACAGUUUUGUGUGUAACGUCUCAAGCAAUGAAAUGAGGACUAUUAGUUUCUAUAGGGAAUAACUAUUUAGCAUUCAUAAGUAUAUUUCAUUUUGACUGACAUGACAGGAACAAAUGAUAAUGUUAUAAAACAGCAGAGAAUUGUAUGAAAGUAACUGAUACAUGUCCAAGAGCAUUUGCAUUUUGUUCAGAGGAAUGAGAAACUACUAUGAUGAUGUGCACAAAUGACUCAAUGUUGUGGAGGUUGAACUAAUAGUUGUGAGAACUCUGAUCUGAGAAAUGCACCAAAGCAACUGAGAUAACUGUAAAUACACACAGGGAGUGGAGAUAACAGGCACACUACCACACUAACACAACACAAUGACUCAUACAUCCUAUUUGCUGCACAGUGUAACUUACAGUGCAAGGCUCUGAGGGAAAACCAGAGUUCCCGCACUGAAAAAAAAAAAAAUUCUCUGGACCAAUCAGAGCAAAGAUUUCUAUCACGGCUAACCACAGUCUUCUUCUGAAAUAGACCACUAAGUAGCAUUGGUGCCAUUCGGGUACAUGGGGGGUGGAAGAUGGGGGGCUGGGGAUGGCACAGCUGAAUCUACCACAUCUAAUACUAUAGAUAAGAAGGGGGGCUUGCAUAGCUGGAGAUCCGUAAGUGUUUGGUGUAGGACGUCUUUCUAACACUGUUUGUCUAUCAAAGUGUACCCCUGUCUCACGUCUUUCCUAUAGUGAUUAUAUUUCCAUUAUUACUACCUGACACUAGAUGCAAUAGGUGAUAAGUUCAUACAAGUCUGAUUCCACAGCCUUACCUUCCUUGAUGUCUUCAUCCCUCUGAAUUUGUCUCCUCCUUCCUGUUCCCCCUCUUUUAAUCCCCUUUAAGGUACCAAAAAGUUUGAUACUUGCAACCACAUCCGAGCCUACCAGUACUACAGUGAGAGCAUCGUCAAACCAAGAGGCUUUGUGGGAUACCCCUGCCCUGAUAAAGACAGUUUCGCAAAGGUAAGUUUUUGGUAAAAUGUACACACUCAAAUGUUUAGUUUUUCUUGGUGCUUGUGUAAGUCUUGUAAAUUACCUUUAAAAACAGCCUUGAUGCUGUAGCUAUUAUAGACUCAGCUCAAAUUCUCCAAAUGCUAUGAAGAAUAAUUUCAGUGCUUCUAAAAUCUGUCAGACACAACAAGAGGAGAAGCGCUAAAAGUCAUUUUGAAUCCUCCGAGUUUUGCACUGAAAAGUCCUCUUGUUGCCAUCCAGUGAAGGAAACAUGUUCCCAAAUGCCCUCUUUCCCUGGAGGCCUUCCAAGAGAAAAAAAUAUGUAUGUGCACAGAAGGAUUCAUUUUAGUUUGACUUUCACAUAAUUAAACUCCCAACAGAAACAGCUCACUUAUGUUGUAGCUGUCACGUGGCUUCACAUCUCGCCUCAGUGUGUGUGCUCGGACUGAAAUAUGUCUAAAGGGAACUUCAUCCAUGAGUGUUUGUGAAACUGAUGGAAGCAUACUCAUUGCUGACUUUAUUAAAGCAAUAUCCAGCUUGAGAACCUUCUCUCUGGUAUGGACUUUUUAGUUUGUAUCAUUGUUUAAGUUUCAGACCUUCCACAGAAAAAGUUCAGAUACUCUUUACAGAGGGGUCUAACCAACAUACCAGCAUGAGACAAAUGGAUCAUUUUCACCUUAAAUAGUGCUAACACUCUAUAUUCAUGUUCAAACUAUGUGUGUUUUAAUUCGAUCAAAAAAGGAGUUACUAUAAGCUUUUGUUUUUGUGGUAGAGUGGCAGAGUUUAGCAACAAGAGGUGAAUAAUAUGAUACAUAAUGAAGAAGCUGAUCUCACGGGGUCUCUGCUUCAAAACUUCAUGUUCCAGCAGCUCUGAUGACCCCUGCUGUGGGUCUGGUUGUAGUCGUAGACCCAUGCUGCUGGGGUCUUCAGUCCUCAAAGAUAAAAAGUGACUUAGUGUUAUCAGAUGGGCUCAGAAAGAGAGAGCACUGCAGGAGGAGCAGAGGCCCGUCAAUAACUCCAGCAGCUUGGCAUGUGUUUGAGACCGCCACCUGUUCCUGUGUGAUACUGAUAUGUCUGUGAAACUUUUCUUUGCUUUUCAGAAGUUGAUUUGGCAGAUUGGAUUUUUGUUGUGAUGGAGGAGGGCAGUGUAAAUGGGCUUCCCUCCUGUCUUCCUUGGGGAGGGCUUGUCUGCAGCUGUCUGUGUUAAUGACAGUUUAUCCCUGCUUUAGACAUAUGUCCCUGAUCAAAGGUGGCUGGCAGAGUCCUAAACUUGACCUCAUAUGACUAUGUCCUUGUUGAGAGAUGACAGCACCUCCUUGUUGUUCACCUCAUAAAUUCUCCCUGCUGCUGUUCCUGCAGCAAUAGCUGACAGCCGCAAAUCCGCCUGUUCCCACCAGUGACAUUUGAAAAACCAGCACCGUUCCCUACCGCUACAUCUAUAAGGUGGCAAUCUGCAACAUUUCUAAAGAGGAAAAGAAAGAGUCUUGUAGGGUUGACACAUUUCACUGCCUGUUCUUUGACAAACAGUGACUGUAGCACUUCAUCAUACCAAGAGCUGUGUCUUUAUACAUCACUGUGUCCUUAUCUCCACAGGGAAAGUGUUUCCCGUGUGCAGAUAAGUGUCCCAUGAUGGGCCACUCUGCUGACAAGUUCACUGUGACUGAUGGCGUUUCCAAGACAAGCUACUUCCUCAACACGGGCAAAACAAAUCCCUUUGGCAGUAAGUACCCUGUCCUCCCUGUUAGAGCAAAAAUAAAAGAGUGACUCCAACACAGUUUGAAAGACCUGACAGUUUUGAUUUUACUGUAAAAAAAAAAAACUGAAACAGGCAUUAAGGGUCUUAAUCUAUGAAUGAUUUCAACAGUCCAACAUGCAUCUUCAUCUAUCCAGACGAGAGAAUGCAGGGUGCAUACCAAUAAAACAGUGUCAUCAGCAUAGAAGUAUAAUAAAUCUGAGGGACAUCCCGCAGUUCUGGGAAUUUUUAAUGCCAUCUUUUUCAAGCUCUCUAUGAAAAAUUUAGAGGUCAAGAGUUUUCAAAUACCUCAAAUUGGAUUACUGUCAGUUUUCACAUUCACAAUCACAUCUUGCAUCAAAGAGCAGGGCACACUGAUAAAGAAAACUAAGGUCAGGAUCAAAAGACUAAUACUACAUUAUUCCUAUUAUUGGAGCCUACAGUAACCUUACAUGAGUUAAGGCUGAAACGGUUUAUUAACUUCAGGUUAGGGCUGGAAUUGAACCAAUAACCACUGUGGGGUUCAUGGUCUUAUCCCGCUCGUCUUUUUGCAUGCCCACACUGAAGCAUGAUUAAAGUUACCUUAUUGGUAUGCUUAUUUUAUUAUUAUUAUUAUUUUAAGAUGAGUAGUACAUAUUUAUAUACUUGGCUUGUACUACUUAUCUUUUUCAAAGUAUACUCUUAAAAAGAUAUAUGGAAGCAUUCACUGACCAAGUACCUAAAGCACAAAUACAUACUUGAGUAUAUAUUGAUCAAAAGUUAAAGUAUAAGUUAAACUAAUUUAGACUUCGAGUAUAAUUCUUGGACAAGCCAAGUACACUUAACAACUAAAAACAUAGUUUAAAGAGAGUAUACUUGAAGCACACUUCAAGAUACUUCUUUUUUGUAAGGAAUCUCAUUCCUCUUGGAAAUCUGGCUAAUUUUUAUUAGUGUUGAAUAAAGAUGAUCCAGGGUGCAGACCAGGAGGUAGAGCUUCAGUCUUACACACUCCUCUGAACCUCCUGUGGACCAGUUCCCAGCCACUACAACACUGAGACAGUGUCUGUCCCUGACUCAGACCCUUCAUUAAAACAACCCAGACUCAAAGGCCUAUUUAUAAUGUUCGACUGUUCAGGGAUGACAAGGACAGACUCAAAGACAGGGAGACAGCACACAUUAUAUCUGAUUUUUCCUGGUGUCAUCUAGUCAACCUCCUCCAUGAUUGGUCGGCUUCAAUCAGGAAGUAUGUGAUGUCUGUCGGUCAUGUCACAGCAGGAAUUUACGGCUCUGUGAUCACCUGGUCUGACAGGACGACUGUCAUAGAGGACAGAAAUCUCUGACCCUAGAAUAAGCAUAUAGCCUUCUUAUUAUUGUAAUGUCAAAACAGCUUGCUGUUAUCAAAGAAGCUUGGAACUAAUCAUCUUUUACUUAUUUAUCACCCACUUGUGACAUCCCCUACUGACUAUUCAAUAUUAUGAAGACUUAGCAAAUCUAGAUUCCUUUACCUUCAGACCCUGAAGCAACAUUCUCGUCUUAUGACCCAUUGCUAAAAGCUUAAAAUAAAAGAGGAGUGAUCUUAACAGCAUAUUUACAGAGCUUUGGAAUGACCCCCAAGAGUUGAACAAAGUGGUAAAAGUUUUAGUGCUGUUAGUGAGAUCAUUGUCAUCCAACGCUGUGCUGCAGAUUCUCCUUAAAAAGUAUCACUCCCACCCUGGAGAACAAUGUGUCAGGAUACUACAUGGGACAGCAAUCUGACUGCUUGACCUUUUUUGAUGGACCAAAGGGCCACUGGUGGUGGACGGCUCCACUCUCUUCACUGCAGGACAGAAAGAUUCAGAAGAUCUUUUGUACCAACAGCCAUCAGACUUUACAAUUCUUCUGGAAAUAGUAGAUGACUUUUUGACAAAUAAAAACUAAAACUACAGACAAUUGAAUUUCCCUUUGGGGAUAAAUAAAGUUCUUCUUAUCUUCUUUCCAUUUCCAGCCUACAGCUACAAAGCCCUGGUAACUAUAGAUGGUCCUAGCUAUCCAAACCAAGCCUUCAUGUAUGUGGCACUGGCUGGAGAGGACGAGAGCACCCAGGAGUAUAGACUUCAUGUGUAAGAACAUCAUGAUUUUGCUCUUUAGGUUAAAACUAACAUUUCAUCACUGAUCAGGUAAAGUGAGUUUCUGAGCUUCUGAGAAUCUGAGCUUGUUACCAGCUUUAGCUUUUUUAUUUUCAAUGUGACAUAUACAUCCAGAGCAAAUUCAAAGCUCCUGCUAAAGAUCUUUGAGAAGCAGAAGUAUUUUUGAGGGAGUGUAAGCUUUUCUUUCAACACUGCAGGGGGACAAUGAUGCCUGGACGGACCUAUGAGUUGCUGAUCGAUGCUGAGGUAGAUAUGGGGGAAGUGACAGAGGUGAGAUUCAGGUGGAACAACCACGUCCCAAACAUCAUGAAUCCAAAGUACGGAGCAUCUAAAGUGGAGCUGCUCAGAGGAAGGGACAAGAAGAUGUAAGUUUAUAUCUUCUGUAUGACUUUGAAGGUUAAGGUCAUUGUGGGAAGAGUCUGUGGCCUGCUAUGUAAACACUGGUAUCACACAUGAAAUGAACUCUCUUUUAAUGUUGUCAACUAUUUGGGCAUCUGAGAGUUGGCUCAAAGUCUCAGUCAAGAAGUACACAUAGUAUGGGGGUGCACAAGCAUUCAGAACCAGGGCAGGCCCCCCAUGUAGGAAAACAGUGUUUUUUUCUGGACAUUGACCUGGUUUUAGUGAGGAUCUUUGGUGAUUAAAUUAAUCAAAUUAAUUUCUGGUGGCAGAAAAAUAUUCCUAUAUUUAUUGCCACUGACUGUCAGCAUUGAGCUGAAAGAUUUCUGUUGACAAAAUCCUUUGAAUGUGAUCCAUCCAACAUUAUCCCACAGUAUAUUUCUCCAUCACUCAAGUUAGUAGAUCUAACUCAGACUGUCAACGUUUUGGGCUUUUUAAACUUCAAUAUUUUUAAUGAGUUGAUACAUAUUGAAAUAAAAGCAAAAAAUACAACCUGGAUUCAAAAACAGGGGGACACGGUGUGUAAUGUUGAUACAAACAGAAUUGAAUGGUUUGCAAAUUGCCCCAAACCACAUUUGAUUGGAAAUAUUGCAAAGACAUCUUUUCAGUGUAAAAAGUCAGAUUGGAUUUCAUCAUCUACAGUCUAUAAUAUCAUUUGAAGAUUCAGAGAAUCUGGAGAAACCUCUACUUAAGGGACAAGGACCAAAACCAAGACUGGAUGGUCCUGAUUUUCAGGCCCUUAGGCAGCACUGCAUAAACAACAGACAGACUCUGGAGUGGAAAUCACUGCAUUGGCUCAAAAUCACUUCAAAACCCAACACAAUUGAUCACUGCGUCCACAAAUGAGGUUAAAACUGAACCAUGAAACCAGAUAGAAACGGGAUCCUGAUACUGUUUGAGGUGUACCUCUAAAGGGGUGUUCAGACCAAACGCGACCAGGUCGUGUCGCGUUGCGUUGGUCGGUCGCGUGGCGCGGCGCCCUGGUGUGUUCACAACGGGUCCAAAGCUGCGGUCGCAGGACGCGGCUGGUCGCCGCUGACCCGCUUCUCCCACCUUCUUUCUCCCUCCUUUCCCCCCUUUUACAUACAUCCCGCAGCCCCUUCUAGCGCUUGCGGCACACACACACACACACACACACACACACACACACACACACACACACACACACACACACACACACACACACACACACACACACACACGUUGAAACAUGUAGCCUAGCAAGCAGGGGAUGUUUGCUAUGUUUUCAGAAAAUACUCUGCUCACUGAAAUAAAUAAACAAACGACCAGAAAGCCCGAAAUCAUGGGCCACCUUCACCCAUGCCUCCUCCUUGGAGGUGCAGUCCCGGUAAAACGCGCACCCCACGUCGUACAGGACCGGGUGAUAACUCACGGCAGUGAUGAACUGCUCCUCCAUUGUGAUUCUUCUUCUCCUCCUCCUUGCUUCGCCGGUUUGUUGACGUCAGCAGAGCCCUGAUUGGCUGCCGCGACUUGGAGACCAGGUCGCGUCGCAGGCAGCCGGCGGUCGCCAAGUCACGUCAGGUCGCAGCUGUCCAUAGACUUUGCAUUGGGAGCCGUUGCAGACGUCGCGUUUGAUCUGAACACCCCUGAAGUCACAGGUAGUAACACAGACUAGCUGUUCCACUAGAGGGCAGCAUGGCACUGUGCCUGAUGUCCCUUGCUGCUUUUAUAUAUAUAUAUAUAUAUAUAUAUAUAUAUAUAUACAUAUAUGUGUGUGUGUGUGUGUGUGUGUGUGUGUGUGUGUGUGUGUGUGUGUGUGUGUGUGUGUACUACAGACCAAAAGUUUGGAAGCAAGGCCAUUACAGGCCGAACAGUUUGGAGUAACUUCAAGUUUUUGUUCACCAGCAUCAUACCAAAGUCCAGCAUGAGUUGUAUGUAUUUUGGGAUGUAUUUACUCCAUGAUCAGAUGUUGCUUUUAUGGAAAUUUUACCAUUUCACUCCAUUUACCUUUAGAUAUACAUUGAUGUUAACAGACCAUUGCUUAAUAUAUGUCAGCAAAAGAUAAUAAGGGCUUAGUUUUAGGGUUCAAAACAUUUGCAAGAGUCACAACUUCAGUGCAAAAGCAAAAAAACAAAUCACAGUUGGAUUAUUCACUUCAACUUUUUGGUUUUGAGAGUCUGCAUAGUACAGAUUUGUACAUUGAGGAAAGAAGGAUACACAGAAAUAGAAAUUGCAAAACGCCUAAAGGUGUUUAACAAAGGAGUCCACUACACUCUGAAGAGACUAGAGGAACCUGGAAGUUAUAAUGAAAAAAAACAUAGCAUUGUCACCAGUAAGAGAGAUCAGUGAAAGACAGCACCACAAAUAAGGGAGGAAAUCAACAUGACAAGGUCGAAACCCAUAUCUGACAACCGUGAAAUGACGUUUGAGAAAGGCUGGUCUGAAGGGUUGUGUAUCUGCAAAAAAACGCUACUUCGUCCACAGAAUAAGAAAAAGAGAUAUGAUUGGGCAAAAGCUCACAAAAAUUGGACUUAUGAUGACUAGAAACAAGUUUGCACGGUUUGGUUUAAAACGCAGAGUCUAUGUCCGCAGACAAACUGGUGAACGUCUGAAAGCACCAUGUGUUACACCCACAAUUCAGCAUGGAGGUGGUAGUUCCAUGGUAUGGGGAUAUUUUGCAGGUGAUGGAGUACGAGAUUUGUUUGAAGUAAAAGGUAUUAUGAAGAAGGAACAGUACCACUCCAUCCUCCAGCACCAUGCUGUUCCAUCUGGACUCAGACUUGUGGGUCCCAAGUUUGUUUUGCAGCAAGACAAUGACCCUAAGCAUUCUGCCAAGCUCUGUCAGGGUUACCUAGACAAAAAAGAAGAGGAAGAUGUUCUUCAAAAGAUGGUUUGGCCCCCCUCAGUCUCCAGACCUUUCUCAAUUGAGCUUGUGCAGGAUGAAUUGGAUCGAUCGGUCAGAAAGGUGUGUCCCACGAAUCAGCAGUAUCUUUUUAAUGAACUUAAGAAAGCUUGGAAUACAAUCCCUGGAACAUACCAAAACUUGUGGAACGAAUGCCUGGUAUAUGCCAAGCUGUUGUUAAAGCCAGAGGAGGUUACUUUAAAGAAAGCAAAGUCUAAGCAACAAUAACUCAAAUGCCUAAUAAUUAUAGUCAAAAUGUCUUCUGAUUAGUUACUCUUUACACAAUAGUCAUGUUUAUUGUGUUGCAAAUUAUAUAUAUAAAACUUUGAUCUUUUUUUGUACAAAUCUGAUCUUGCUUCCAAACUUUUGGCCUGUAGUAAAUAUAUAUAAAGUAGAGAGGGUAAUAGGUAAUGGUUAAUUCAACAGAGAGGGGCAUUGUCCCUCAGUCCAAGUACAGUCCAAAUCUGAAAAAGAAACAACACUUCAGUGAUGGAGGUGAGGAUAUAUGAUUGUGCUAUAAAUCAAAACAGUAAACAAAAAAAAAGAAGAAGAAAAAUGUAUUUUCUUCUUUUUCCCUCCUCCUCACAGCUUCCAUUUCUGUGGAACCAAUGCCGUGGAGGAGAACGAGGUCCAGUCUGUGCUUCCCUGUCCAGUCUAACCUGCUUCAAUAACCCUGCCACUGGGAGUCCUUUAAUAAAGAUUUACAUUCAAACAUA